UCAUUCUUCGCUCGCACCUCACAAACGAUCGACGUCUUGGUUUCAGUCUCGGGGAUUAUGACUUGAAACAGUUUGAAAAUAGAUAUUUUUUAAAAGAACAUACAUAUAUCUAUAUCUAAACGCACCACACGGUACAGAUAUAUGUAUACGUUCGCAGCCAUUUCGUUCGCCUAGAGUCCCGCACACACGCAAAUAUAUAUAGAACGUCGAAAGGAUAUCGCAAUUUCGACAUUUUAAAGAAGCGACCAAAGAGAGAGAUAAAUAUAUAUAGAAAGUAUAUCAAGUGAAGAAGCAAAUCAAAGAAAGAGUGAUCGCGAGGUGUUCAAUUCUACAGUGCAGUUCAUUCUGCAGCGAUUUGGUUGUCAUUUUAAAUGAUAUAUAGUGAUAUAUAACGCAGCAAAAUGCAACGACAAAAUCCGAACCCGUACCAGCAGCAGCAGCAAAGUCUGCAGCAAUCUCAGCAGCAGCAAAGUCAGCAGCAGGUGCAGCAGUACUCCACCCAGGAGUACUCCCACUCCAGCCAGGAGCAGCACCAGCAGCAAAGGAUUAGCCGCACCGAGCAGCAUGUCCAGCGGAGCCAAUUUACCACCCAGCGGCAAGUGCAACAACAUCAUGGUGGCAGCGUCGGAGGCGCCUACGUGCCCCCUGCGCUGACGCACGUGUACGCGCAGGGCGACAUCUCGCCCCCUGUCUUCGAGCAGAUCUUCAAGAACGCUCGCUUCGCCCAGGGCGGCAACGCCCUGUUCGAGGGACGCCUGCGUGGCAACCCGAAGCCAUUCGUGACCUGGACCCGGAAAGGCGCACCCCUUCUCGAGUCGCAGAAGUUCCGGAUGAGCUACAACGAGGCCACCGGCGACGUGUCCCUGCUGAUCAAUCAGAUUGGCCCCGGCGAUGAGGGCGAGUACACCUGCACGGCUCGCAAUCAAUAUGGCGAGGCCAUCUGUAGCGUCUACAUCCAGCCGGAGGGAGCUCCCAUGCCCGCUCUCCAGCCCAUCCAGAAUCUGGAGAAGAACAUCUACUCGAACGGCUACUCCUACACCUCCAUCGAGGAGGAGUUCCGCGUGGACACCUUCGAGUAUCGGUUGCUGCGCGAGGUCUCCUUCCGCGAGGCCAUCACCCGGCGAUCGGGCUACGAGCAGGACUCCCAGCUCUCCCAGGAGCUGGAUCGCAACCAGGGUCCCGCCCAGGCGCCGCAGAUCUCGCAGAAGCCGCGCAGCUCCAAGCUGAUCGAGGGAUCCGAUGCCGUGUUCACCGCACGCGUGGGUUCCAACCCGAAGCCCCGGCUUACCUGGUUCCACAAUGGCCAGCGCUUGGUGGCCUCGCAGAAGUACGAGAUCUCCUACUCGAGUGGCGUGGCCACACUGCGCGUGAAGAAUGCCACGGCCCGCGAUGGUGGUCACUACACCCUGCUGGCCGAGAAUCUGCAGGGCUGUGUGGUUUCAUCCGCCGUGUUGGCCGUGGAACCAGCUGCGGAGACCGCUUACGAGCCCAAGCCCGUCGAUGUGAUGGCUGAGCAGCUGGAGGCCGGAAAGGCUUUGCCCCCUUCGUUCGUGAAGGCUUUCGGCGAUCGCGAGGUCACCGAGGGUCGCAUGACCCGGUUCGAUUGCCGUGUCACCGGCAAUCCUUACCCGGAGGUCUUCUGGCUCAUCAAUGGCCGCCAGGUGCGCGACGAUGCCUCGCACAAGAUUCUGGUCAACGAGUCGGGCAGCCACUCGCUGAUGAUCACCAAUGUGACCCGUCUGGAUGCCGGAGCCGUGCAGUGCCUGGCCAGGAACAAGGCCGGCGAGGUGGCCAUCGAGGCGCAGUUGAGUGUGCUGGAGAAGGAACAGGUUGUCGCACCACAAUUUGUUCAAAGAUUCAGCACCAUGACUGUGCGCGAGGGUGAGCCGAUCACCAUGAGUGCCAAUGCCAUUGGAACGCCGCAGCCGAGGAUCACCUGGCAGAAGGACGGCGUCCAGAUCUCGUCCACCGCCGAGCGCUUCGUGGGCAUCGAUGGCGGGGCCACCUGCCUGGAGAUUCCGCGCGUCACCGCCAACGAUGCCGGCUGGUAUCAGUGCACCGCCCAGAACAUCGCCGGCUCCACGGCCAAUCGGGCCAGGCUGUAUGUCGAGGUUCCCAGGGAACAACCGAAUUACGAGCAGCGUCGUCUCAAUCUCCCGAGACCAACGAAAGUCAUCGAGCCAGAACCCAUUCCUGGCCCUGAAAUUAUCUACCUGCGCCAUGUGGAGCGCGCCAAGCCCCAUCUGCGACCCGGAGAGGAGGAUCGCGUCUAUCCACCACCGCAGUUCAUCAUCCCGCUGCAGAAUGUGCAGCAGACCGAAGGUGGCCGCGUCCACAUGGAGGCCCGCAUCGAACCGGUGGGUGAUCCCACCAUGGUGGUCGAGUGGUACCUCAACGGACGUCCGCUGGCAGCCAGUGCCCGUGCUACAUCCGUCUUCAAGUUCGGCUUCAUUGCUCUGGAUCUGCUGAGCAUCAUGGGUCACGACUCCGGCGAGUACAUGUGCCGCGUGAGCAACGCCAGCGGAGUGGCCGAAUCGAGGGCCAUUCUGUCCGUGGUGCAGCGCCCCUCCAUCGAGCAGUCGUCGCAGAACCCCAACAGUCUGCAGUACAUCAGCCAGCUGGAGGACUACUCGCGCUACCAGCGCACGGAGAGCAUCGAUGAGCAGCUCAACCAGGCGCCACAGUUCAUCCGACCACUGCGCGAUCUCGGCGAGUUCGAGGAGGGCAAGAACGUGCAUUUCGAGGCUCAGGUGACCCCGGUCAAUGAUCCCUCGAUGCGAGUGGAGUGGUACAAGGACGGUCUGCCCAUCACGGCCAGCUCCAGGAUCACCGCCAUCUUCAACUUUGGCUACGUCUCCCUGAACAUCUUGCACCUGCGGGCCGAAGAUGCCGGCACUUACACGGUGCGUGCUGUGAAUCGCAUUGGCGAGGCCAUCAGUCAGUCCUCGAUUCGGGUGCAUUCGCGGUCCCAAGUCACCGCCGAUCUGGGUAUUCCCGAGCAGCAGCGUUACAUCGAGAAGGUGGAGGAACUGGAGGACUACCGCAAGUCCCAGCAGCGUCGUCAUGUCCAGGAGGCUGCCGAGGCAAUUGCCCCGCCGCAGUUCAAGACCCAGAUCCAAAACCAGUUGGAUCUGCGCGAGCACGCGCAUGCGCACUUUGAGGCGCGCCUCGAACCCAUUGGGGAUUCGACCAUGCGAGUGGAGUGGCUGAAGGAUGGACAGCCUUUGGAAGCCAGUUCCAGGACUACCACUUACCACAACUUUGGCUACGUGGCCUUGACCAUCAAGCAGCUGACCAUCUAUGAUGCCGGCACCUACACCUGCCGUGCCUACAAUGCCAUGGGUCAGGACACCACCGUCGCCCAGUUGACCGUGAUCUCCAAGAACGAAAUCCUCUCGGAGUCGCAGCACCCAGGUGGUCUGCAGAAGAUCCAACAUCUCGAGGACUCAUCGCGCUACGGACGUCGCGAGGAGGAGGAGACCUACGUGACCACGGCUCCCCGUUUCCUUGGACCUCUGAAGGGUACCACCAAGAUCCUGGAAGGUCAGCGAGCUCACUUCGAGGCCCGCGUGGAACCCCAGAGCGAUUUGGGUCUGGUGAUUGAGUGGUACCACAAUGGUCGCUCCAUCACCGCCGCCAAUCGCAUUCAGACCUACUACGACUUUGGCUACGUCGCCCUGGAUAUUUCCCAGGUGCGCGCCGAAGAUGCUGGCGUCUAUCUCGUGGUGGCCAGGAACAAGCUAGGUGAAGCUCAGCAGCAAGCAACGAUGAUAGUGGAGACUCGUUCCAGUAUCGACACAUCUAGCAUGCACCGCGGCCUGUACGAGAAGACCCAGAAUUUGGAGAACAAACCUUUCGUUGAGCCUCAGUACGACAUCGAGGAGAUCUCCAAGUCCAAGCCGGUGUUUGUCACCCCCUUGAGCGAUCCCAAGCCCAUUCACGAUGGCAAGAACAUCCAUCUGGAGUGCCGUUUGGAGCCCAUGGGUGAUCCCACCAUGCGGGUGGAGUGGUUCCACAAUGGUCGCCCCGUUACCGUGGGUUCCCGUUUCCGUACCUAUUACGAUUUUGGCUUCGUAGCUUUGGACAUCAUCAAGGCCACGGCCGCCGAUUCCGGAGAAUACACUGUGAGGGCCACCAACCACUUGGGCACCGCCCACACCUCAGCCUGCGUGCGUGUGAUCGAUCACACGGAUGUUGUGACUGAAACCCAGAACGAACAAUCACUGGAGCAGAUCCAGUUGCUCGAGAGCUCAAGGGGUCACCAUCGCCAGGAGGAGGAUAUCACCAUCAUGCAGGCACCCCAGUUCACCAGGGGUCUGCACAACAUCGAAACCAUCGAGGGCACCAAUGUGCACUUGGAGUGCCGCCUGCAGCCCGUGGGAGAUCCUAGCAUGCGCAUCGAGUGGUUCGUGAAUGGAAAGCCUGUGAAGACGGGUCAUCGCUUCCGUCCCGCCUACGAAUUCGACUACGUGGCCUUGGAUCUGCUUGGCUGCUAUGCCAUCGAUUCGGGUGUCUACACCUGCCAGGCGCGGAACCAACUGGGCGAGGCAGUCACCUCCUGUUCCGUGCGCAUCAUCGCCAAGAACGAUCUGAUUCUGGAGACUCAGAAUGAGUCUGGGUUGCAGAAGAUCCAGUACUUGGAGGACUCGACCCGUCAUCGCCGCAGCGAGUUCGUCGACGAGGUGGUCAACAUUCGUCCACGUUUCCUCACUCACCCGAAGAGCUUGACCAACACCCGCGAGGGUGGUCACGCCCACUUCGAGUGCAAGAUUGAGCCCGUGACCGAUCCCAACCUGAAGGUGGAGUGGUUCAAGAACGGUCGUCCCAUCACCGUGGGUCACCGCUUCCGUCCCAUCCACGAUUUCGGUUAUGUGGCUCUGGACAUUGUCCAUUUGAUCGCCGAGGAUUCGGGUGUCUACACCUGCAGGGCUGUCAACCUGAUUGGCUCCGAUGAAACCCAGGUGGAGCUGCAGUGCCGCAGCGGUGAGCAGAUUGUCACCGUCACCCAGAACGAAGCGGGAUUGGAGCAGAUCCACUACCUGGAGGAUCGCUCGAGGUAUACCCGUCGCGAGGAGAUCGACGAGAGCACCAAGCAGGCUCCAGUGUUCACCACUUCCCUGAAGAACGUCGAGAUCAAGGAGAACCAGAGGGCUCACUUCGAGUGCCGCCUGAUUCCCGUUUCGGAUCCUUCGAUGCGCGUGGAGUGGUACCACAACAAUCUGCCCCUGAAGUCUGGUUCUCGUUUCACCGAGACCAACAACUUUGGCUUUGUGGCUCUGGAUAUUAUGUCCACUCUGCCAGAGGAUGCCGGUACCUACACCUGCCGUGCUUUCAAUGCCGUGGGUGAGGCCAUCACCUCCGCUGUGGCCGUCGUGCACACCAAGAAGUCCAUCUACCUGGAGUCGCAGCACGAGACUGCUCUGCCACGUCUGCAGCACUUGGAGGAUGGCUCCAAGCGUCAGCGCAUCAGCGUCCAGGAUGAGUUUGUGUCCCAGGCUCCUGUGUUCACCAUGCCGGUGAGGGAUGUCCGUGUGGCCGAGAACCAGGCGGUGCACUUUGAGGCUCGCCUGAUUCCAGUGGGAGAUCCCAACCUGAAGGUGGAGUGGCUGCGCAAUGGUCAACCCAUCGAAGCCUCCAACCGCACCACCACCAUGCAUGACUUUGGCUACGUGGCCCUUAACAUGAAGUAUGUGAAUCCCGAGGACUCCGGCACCUACACCUGCCGCGCCGUCAACGAACUGGGUCAGGCGGUGACCUCCGCCUCGCUGAUUGUGCAAUCGAAGACGUCCAUUCAGCUGGAGACCCAGCACGAGGCGGCCAUGCACAAGAUCCACCAGCUGGAGGAUCACAGCAGGUACCAGCGCAGGGAGGAGGAGGAGUACACGGUGACCACCGCCCCGGUGUUUGUUACCAAGCUAAUUGGACCCAGCAACCUGGUGGAGGGUCAGAGUGCCCACUACGAGUGCCGCAUUGAACCCUAUCCGGAUCCCAAUCUCAAGGUGGAGUGGUUCCACAACGGAAAGCCCCUGAGCACCGGUCAUCGCUUCCGUACCACCUACGACUUUGGAUUCGCCGCCCUGGACAUCCUGACUGUCUACGCCGAGGAUAGUGGCGAGUACACUUGCCGAGUGACCAACAAACUGGGCGAGGCAGUCAACUCGAUUGUUCUCAACGUGACCUCGCGUUCGGGUAUCAUCCAUGAGACGCAGCACGAGGAGGCUCUGACGAAGAUCCAGCAUCUGGAGGAUACUUCCCGCUUCCAGCGGAAGACGGAUGAGGAGCAGUUCCAUGCCGAGCGUCCUCAGUUCGGACGUCCUCUGCGCAAUGCCAAGGUCAACGAGGGAACUCCCGUCCAUCUGGAGGCCACUUUGAUCCCGGUAAACGAUCCCACCAUGAAGGUGGAGUGGUACUGCAAUGGAAGACCCAUUCAGACUGGUCACCGCUUCAAGACCACCUACGAUUUUGGCUUCGUGGCGUUGGAUAUUCUGUAUGCCCAUGCCGAGGACACCGGCACCUACAUGUGCAAGGCCAAGAACGCCAUUGGAGAAGCUGUCACGACUUGUGCUGUAAACGUAACAGCAAACAAGACGCUCGACCUGGACACUUUGGAUGCUCAGCGCCUGGAGAAGAUUCGCCAGCUGGAGAACUAUGCGCCACCCACUAAGCCCGUGGUGGAGGAGAAGGGCCAGAAGCCCAUCUUCCUUACUCCGCUGAGCAACCUGGAACACCUGAAGGAGGGCGAACACGCCCACUUGGAGUGCCGAGUGGAACCGAUCAACGAUCCCAACCUGAAGAUCGAGUGGUUCUGCAAUGGCAAGCAACUGCCCACGGGUCAUCGUUACCGCAACACCCAUGACUUUGGCUACGUGGCUCUGGACAUCCUGUACGUCUAUGGCGAGGAUACCGGCACCUACAUCUGCAAGGCCACCAAUCAGUUGGGUGAGGCUGUCAACACCUGCAAUGUGCGCGUGUUGAACCGCCGCAGCAUGAUUCUGGACACCCAGCAUCCCGAUGCUCUGGAGAAGAUCCAGAAGCUGGAGUCCAAGGUGCCGAGUUCCCGCACCGAAGUGGGAGAUGCUCCCAUCAGUCCACCUCACUUCACCGCCGAACUUCGUGGCUCAACCGAAAUCUACGAGGGACAGACGGCUCACUUCGAGGCCCAGGUCGCUCCAGUUCACGAUCCCAACUUGCGCAUUGAGUUCUAUCACAAUGGCAAGCCCUUGCCCUCGGCUUCUCGUUUCCACAUCACCUUUGAUUUUGGAUACGUCUCCUUGGACAUCACUCACGCUGUGGCCGAAGAUGCCGGAGAAUAUUCCGUGCGUGCUGUCAACGCUUUGGGUCAAGCUGUGUCGUCCACUAAUCUGCGCGUGAUUCCGCGUGGAACCAUCAUCUCGGACACCCAGCAUCCCGAGGGUCUGGAGAAGAUCCGUAAGCUGGAAUCGAUGGCGCCUCAUCAACGCCAGGAGCCCGAGACACCUGGCACUCGCCAGCGUCCGGUGUUCACUCAACCCCUGCAGAACAUCGAUAGGAUCAAUGAGCACCAGACGGCUCACUUCGAGGCUCGCCUGAUUCCCGUGGGAGAUCCGAACCUGAAGGUGGAGUGGUACCGCAACGAGAAGAUCAUCGAGGAUAGUUCGCGUAUCACCAAGCAGCACGACUUUGGUUUUGUGUCUUUGGAUAUCUCGCACAUCCGCAAGGAGGAUGAGGGCGUGUACAUGUGCCGCGCUGUUAAUCCUCUGGGUGAGGCUGUGACCACCGCUUCCAUGCGCGUGGUUUCCGAGGCCAGUAUCCAGAUGGAUACCCAGCAUCCGGACAGCAUCAGUCGCAUCCACCAGCUUGAGAAACCAGUGGCUCCACGUCCCAGCGAACCCGAGCGCCUGUUCGAGAAGCCCAUCUUCACGCAACUGCUCACUGGACCCUCGGAACUGUGGGAGGGAACUCAUGCCCACUUCGAGGCACGUGUUGUGCCCGUGGGAGAUCCUUCAUUGAAGUUCGAGUGGUUCAUCAAUGGUGUGGAGCUGCAAAUGGGCUCUCGCCUGCGCACCACCCACGACUUUGGCUUUGUCACUUUGGACAUUACCGCUGUGGUUCCCGAGGAUGCUGGUGUCUACAUGUGCCGUGCUUAUAACGCCGCCGGUGAGGCUGUGUCCUCCACCGCCAUGAAGGUCAAGACCAAGUCCAAUAUCGAUGGUCAACCUCUGAUCCCUGAGUCCUGGGAGGCUAUUCGCCUGAAGGAGGCUGCCAUGAACCGUGUGCCUGAGAUGUUUGUGGAUUCCACUCCUCAGCAAGCUCCGGUGUUUACUACUCACCUGCAGAGCUACGACAAACUGCAUGAGGGUCAGCAUGUCCUCUUGGAAGCCCAGGUGGAACCACGAGCGGAUCCCAACCUUCGCAUCGAGUGGUUCAAGAAUGGUAUUUCUCUGACCACUGGCUCCCGCAUUCGCAGCACCUUCGACUUUGGACUGGUUACCCUGUCCAUCAAUGGACUGCGUGCCGAUGACUCGGCUAUUUACACUUGCAAGGCCACCAACCAGGUGGGCGAGGCUGUGUCGACUUCCUCGCUUAAGAUCGAGGAUCGUCACUGGCUGCAGGCCGAGUCGCUGCAUCCGGAUUCGCUGCCUCGCAUCGGAGAACUGGAGGCACCCAAGGAGGGACGUCCCGAGGCUCCGGAGCCCACUUACGAAACCCCUGUGUUCAUCACCCAUCUGAACAACAUCGAGUGCAAGGAGAGCGACAAUGUGCGCUUUGAAUGCAACGUGGAGCCUGCCCGUGACCCCACCAUGUCCAUCGAGUGGUUCUACAAUGGACAGCCCCUGCAGGCUGCGGCCAAAUUCAAGUCCAUCUACGAUUUUGGCUACUGCGCUCUGGAUCUGACAAACUCGUAUGCUGAGAACAGCGGUGUCUACACCUGCAAGGCCACCAACAGCAAGGGAUCGGCCACCACCUCGGGCACCCUCAAGUGCACCGGUGGCAAGACCAUGUUCCUCGACACCCAGCAUCCGCAGGGUGAGGCUGGUCUCGAGGCGGUUCAGGAAACCGAGGAGGAGCUGGCCAAUCGCUAUGCCAGCAAGACCGCCAAACCGGAGACCCAAUAUCCACCACCAGUCUGGACGAAGCCGCUGCAGGCCGAGUUCCAUCUGUCGGAGGCCCAGCCCAUCCAUCUGGAGGCCAAUGUGGAGCCCAAGGAGGACCCGAACCUGUUCAUCGAGUGGUACUUCAACGGCAAGAUGCUGCAGCACGGCUCUCGCUUUAAGAUGACCAGCGAAUUUGGCUUCGUCACCAUGGACAUGAUCGAGGUCUAUGCCCGCGAUCAGGGCAUCUACACCUGCAAGGCGUAUAAUAAGGCCGGCGAGGCCUUCACCUCGACCACCAUCUUCUGUUCGAGCAAAGAGAGCAUCAUCGAGUCCACCCAGCACCCGAAGGGAGCCGAGGGCCUGGAGCAGAUCCAGGAUCUGGAGGACUCCCUGCGCAAGGAUGGUUCUAAGCCGGAGCAAACGGAUCUGGGCAUCCCACCGCGCUUCACCACCGAAUUCGUUAAUAUCGCGGAUAUUGGCGAGGGUGAGUUGGCUCACUUCGAGGCCAAUCUCAUUCCGGUUGGCGACCAGAGCAUGGUCAUCGAGUGGUUCUACAAUGGCAAGGUCCUGGAGGCCAGCCAUCGUGUGCGUACCAUCUACGCUUUUGGCACUGUGGCUCUAGAGGUGCUGGGCACCAAGAUUGAGGACACCGGCACCUACACUUGCCGUGCCACCAACAAGCAUGGAACUGCUGAAAUCAGCUGUAACCUCGAGUGCGUGGACAAACCGAGGGGCCAGAAGCCGCGAUUCACCUCGCACAUCCAACCGCUGCAGGGCCUAAAGGACGGUCAGUCCGCCCACUUCGAGUGCACUUUGAUCCCGGUCAACGAUCCGGAACUGAAGGUCGAGUGGUAUCACAACGGCAAGCUGAUGCGUCACUCCAAUCGCAUCAAGACCGUCUCCGAUUUCGGUUACGUUGUCUUGGAUAUCUCGUAUCUCCAGGAUCACGACAGUGGAGAGUACGUGUGCCGGGCCUGGAACAAGUACGGCGAGGACUUUACCCGCACCACCCUCAAUUGCGGUGGACGUGGUGGAGUCUUCUACGACAGCUUGCAGCCGGACUCGCUGCAGAGGAUCAGGGAGCUAGAGUGCCCGCAGGGACAGCAGGCCGAUACCUCCGCUCCUCUGGUCGCUGAGCCGCCCAAGUUCAUCACCCAGAUCGUGGAUGUCACCAAGUUGGUGGAGGGACAGUCGGCUCACUUUGAGGCCCGCUUGACUCCCAUCACCGAUCCCGACUUGGUGGUGGAGUGGUACUUCAAUGGCAAGAAACUGCCGCAUGGUCACCGUUUCCGCACCUUCCACGACUUUGGCAUCGUCAUCCUGGACAUCCUGUACUGCUACGAGGAGAACUCCGGCGUUUACGAGGCCAGGGCUCACAAUAAGUAUGGUGAGGAUGUAACUAGGGCCACCCUGAAGUGCGCCUCGAAGGCCAGUCUCAUUCUGGACUCGCAACUGCCACGCGGAAUGGAGGGAGGUCUGGAGAAGAUCGCCAAUCUGGAGUACAGCAUGGUGCGUACUCGCGAGGAGACCACCGAGGAGACCAAGGGCAAGGCCCCGGUCUUCACUGUGCCGCUGGAGAACAUCGACAAUCUGCGCGAGGGUGAGAACGCCCACUUUGAGGCCAGGAUCACCCCGGCCGACGAUCCCAAGCUGAAGGUCGAGUGGUACUGGAACGGACGUCCCUUGAAGGCCGGUUCUCGCUUCCGUACCUUCUGCGACUUUGGCUUCGUCAUCCUGGAGAUCUCCCCUGUAUAUCCCGAGGAUUCUGGAGAGUACUCUUGCCGUGCCAUCAACGAGUACGGUGAGGCCGUGACCACGGCCUCGAUGAAGAUCCAGGGCAAGCGCAGCAUCAUCAUGGAAUCCCAGCUGCCCAAGGGCAUGGAGGGAACCAUCGAUCGCAUCGCCGAACUGGAGGGCCUGGGCUCCCGCAGCACUGAAUUCGUGCCGGAUGAUGACACUGGCAAGCCGCCGGAGUUCAUCACCUCACCCUUCGACAUGGUUAUCGGUGAGAAUGCCCUCGCUCACUUCGAGUGCCGCCUGCAACCGAUCAACGACCCGUCGAUGCGUGUGGAUUGGUUCCACAACGGCAAGGCCUUGUGGGCUGGUUCCCGCAUCAAGACCAUCAAUGAUUUCGGCUUUGUGAUCCUCGAGAUUGCCGGCUGCUAUCAGCGCGACUCGGGAUUGUACACUUGCAAGGCGACGAACAAGCACGGCGAGGCCACGACCUCUUGCAAGCUGCAGGUCAAGGGUCGCCAGGGCAUCGUCAUGGAGCCCCAGUUGCCCUCCAAUUUCCGCACUGGCACCGAGAGCCUCCAGAAGCUGGAGGAGAGCAUGCACAAGCGUGAGGAGCUGGUGAUCGACGAUGAGCAGCCCAACCCGCCCAAGUUCACCGAGGACAUCAAGGACAACCUGGACGUGCCCGAGGGCGGUCCCAUCCACUUUGACUGCCGCGUGGAGCCUGUGGGUGAUCCAACCAUGCGUAUUGAGUGGUUCUACAACGGUCAUGCCAUGGCCACCGGUUCCAGGGUCCACCAGCUGAAUGACUUUGGCUUCAUCGCCCUGGAUGUGGACUACAUCUAUGCCAGGGAUUCGGGAGAGUACACCUGUCGGGCUACCAACAAGUGGGGCACUGCCACCACCACCGCCAAGGUCACCUGCAAGGGCAAGCACAAUAUUGUCUACGAAUCGCAGCUGCCCGAGGGCAUGACCUCUGAGAAGUUGAAGGAACUGGAGCGUGGACGCAUUCCAGAGGCCCCGAAGGUGGUUGAGGAGGAGUUCGGACCACCGAAGUUCACCACCCAGAUCGCUUCGGUGACUGCCGACGAGGCAGAGGCGGUGCGAUUUGAGUGCCAAGUGGAACCCAAGACAGAUCCCAGCCUGCGCGUGGAAUGGUACCGCAAUGGCAAGCCCUUGCCCUCUGGUCACCGUUACAGGAACAUCUUCGACAUGGGCUUUGUUUCUUUGGAUAUUCUGUAUGUCUAUGGAGAAGAUUCCGGAGAGUAUGUGUGCCGUGCCAUCAACAAUCAUGGCGAAGAUCGCACCAGGGCCACAGUUUCCUGCAAGAAACUCCCCACCAUCUUGCUGCAGAACCAGGUGCCUCGCGGCAUGAAGCGUUCCGAUGCUCUUACCCAAAUGGAGGCCACCAUCAAGAAGUACACCUCUGAGGUCCAUUUGACCGAGGACGAUCUCUUCGAUCCCGAUCGCAAGCAGCCUCCUCGCUUUGUCACCCAGAUCAAGGAGCAACUGACUCUCACCGAGAUGGCUGUGACCAAGUUCGAAUGCCAGUUGGCCCCCGUGGGAGAUCCCAACAUGAAGGUCGAGUGGUUCUUCAACGGCAAGCCCUUGCUGCACAAGAACCGCUUCCAGCCCAUCUACGAUUUUGGUUAUGUGGCCAUGAACUUUGGCUGGGUUUAUCCCGAAGACAGUGGAGAGUACGUGUGCCGAGCCACCAACUUGUAUGGCAAGGAUGAGACUCGUGCCUUCAUCAAGGUUUCUGGCAAGCCGGGCAUUGUCUACGAUUCCCAGCUGCCCGCUCACAUGCAGAGUAUUGACCGCAUCCGGGAAAUGGAAGCCUCUUGGCAAGUGGUGCCCGAUGAGGUUGAUCCCGAUGCCAAGCCCAGAACCAAGCCGGUCUUUGUGAGCAAACUGGAACCCCAGACUGUGGAGGAGGGUGAUUCAGCCAGGUUCUGUGUCCGUGUCACUGGACACCCACGUCCCAGGGUUAUGUGGCUGAUCAAUGGACACACUGUUGUACAUGGCUCUCGCUACAAGCUGACCAACGAUGGUAUGUUCCAUCUGGAUGUCCCGAAGACUCGUCAGUACGAUACCGGCAAAGUGGAGGUGAUUGCUCGCAACUCUGUGGGCGAAUCGAUUGCCAGCACUGAACUGAAGGUGGUUGCCCGUUCGGAUGAUUAUCGUAAUGUGCUGAAGAACUCGCCACGUCCCUGGUAUGACUACGAGCUAGCCGCCUACCAGAAGGAGCGCCAGGAGAACGAGCUGGAGAAGGUGUUCGACGAGCGUAAGCAGGUUCUUUCCGAGCAGAGCUCGCACACCUUGAAGGGCGUGGAGCACCUGAAGCCCAAGCAAUACAAGCCACCCACCGCCGAGUGGCAAAACAAUGUCAAGUCCAAGAAGAGCGAGGAAUACUACAACAAGCUGCAGUCACUGGAAACUGAGCAGCUCCUGAAGGAAACCAAUCUGCGUAGGGACAACCAUCAGUACGCCAUUCCCGGCGAGAAGGUCGUGAGCAGCUCUCAGGCCAAGGGAAUGGCCCAGUCCUACGAGGAAAAUCUUCAAGAGAAGACCAGCACCACCAGUGUGCAGGCUGCCCCACCCAAGGGCACCGCUCAACCCUCCGAAUCUUCUGUCCAUGGACGCGAGGUUCACAUGAACAAGCAGCAGCAGGUGCAGAAGGAGAUCCAGGGUGACCUUGAGAUCACCCGCAAGAUCACCGCCACCGAAACCACCGAGGUGGAGCACAAGGGCACCAUUCAGGAGCGUGUGGUUCAAGGACCUGUUAAGCCAGCCAAGGCUCCAGUCUUCACCAAGAAGAUCCAGCCAUGCCGCGUCUUCGAAAACGAGCAGGCCAAGUUCGAGGUGGAAUUCGAUGGCGAACCCAAUCCCACGGUUAAAUGGUUCCGUGAGAGCUUCCCCAUCCAGAACUCGCCGGAUCUGCAGAUCCACACCUUCAGUGGCAAGUCCAUACUGAUUAUCCGCCAGGUGUUUGUCGAGGAUUCAGCCGUGUUCUCCUGUGUGGCUGAGAAUCGUGGAGGAACCGCCAAGUGCAGUGCCAAUUUGGUGGUCGAGGAACGUCGUCGUGCCGGAAAGGGUGGCAUUCAGCCCCCUAGCUUUGUGACCACCAUCCAGAGCACCACCGUGGCCACCGGACAGUUGGCUCGCUUCGAUGCCAAGGUCACGGGAACGAAACCCUUGGAUGUUUACUGGCUCAAGAACGGCAUGAAGAUUCAGCCCAGCAUUAAGUUCAAAAUGCUGGAGGAGGACAAUGUUCACACUCUCCUCAUCAUCGAACCCUUCGCCGAGGAUUCCGGUCGCUACGAAUGUGUGGCCGUCAAUGCCGCUGGAGAGGCUCGCUGCGAUGGCGACUGCAUUGUCCAGUCGCCCACCAAGCCGGAGAAGCCCAGCACUCCCGGCAGCGAGAAGGCCCCCCAUAUUGUGGAGCAGCUGAAGAGCCAGUCCGUGGAGGAGGGCAGCAAGGUGGUCUUCCGUUGCCGCGUGGACGGCAAACCCACUCCCACCGCCCGCUGGAUGCGUGGCGAGAACUUUGUGAAGCCAUCGCGCUACUUCCAGAUGAGCCGACAGGGUGAAUACUACCAGCUGGUCAUCUCGGAGGCCUUCCCCGAGGACGAGGGCACCUACAAGUGCGUGGCCGAGAACAAGCUGGGCAGCAUUCAGACCAGCGCCCAGCUGAAGGUUCGUCCUAUUGAGAACUUGGACGCCCCGCCCACCAUUACCGCCCUCAAGGACGUCUCUGUCACCGAGGGCAUGCCUGCCCAGUUUAAGACAACGGUGACCGGCAAAGUGAAGGCCACCAGCGUCCAGUGGUUCAGGGAGGGUCAGCUGAUCCCCGAAACACCAGAUUUCCAGAUGAUCUUCGAUGGCAACAGCGCUGUGCUCCUGAUCGGCACCACCUACGAGGAGGAUUCGGGCAUCUUUACUGUACGCGUCACCUCGUCCACCGGCCAGGUCGAAUCCUCAGCCAAACUGACUGUUAAAAAACGACGCAUCUCGGCCUUUCAAUUGCGAACGAUUGAUUCCGCCGAAGAUGAGUCCUCUUCCUCUGGCCGGGAGGACAGUGCCCCCGAGUCGCCCCACGCUUUCCAACCUGGCCAGCAACCCGGCCAGCAGUUUGGUCAAUUCCUGGGCGUCAACGGGCAGGGUCAGCAUCAGGGAAGAUCGCGCCAGAAGAAACAGAAGGUGCGCAGCAAGUCCCUGCAACCUGCAACCAAGGUGAUACCGUGGCGCAAGUCAUCGCGUCCCACUCGAGGACGUUCCUUGGACAAGGGUGUCUUCCUGCCGGGCUUCAAGCCCGAACCAGUCAAGUCGUGGACCGAGGAAACCAUUAGCUUGAAGGCCACUCCCAUUGAGAAGAAAAAGCCCACACCCAAGCUGGAAGCAGCUACGGUUGUGCUCAAGUCCAUUAAAACCGAACGUGAUCAGGGUAUCAUGAGUUUGGGCGCCACUUUGGAGCAGAUCAUUGCUGGCAAGACCGAGAAGGAAGCGGUUCCUUGGAUCACCAUGCGUGAAAAGCUAAAGGCUGUCGAGAGUGUUCAGGAACAGCUGAACAAAUUCGACCUGGAUGAGGUCUAUCUGCGACCUCUGGAGGGUCAAAUCGAAACCGACGAGCAGCUGCCACAGCAGGCUCAGGUGGAACAGGUGGAGCGCACCAAGAAUAUCCAGCGGUUGAAGACCAUGGAGAGUGUUGAGAUUAUGGAGAUGACCGAUCAGAUCGAUAAGCUCAUCACGCAGCAGCAAAACGCCAAGGAUCUGAUUCCCUGGAAGGAGAUGCGACAGCAACUGAAGAGUGUGCAGAAGGUCACGAAGCAGAUUGACAAGUUCAAGAUUGAGGAAGUCGAACUGCGUCACCUCCAAGCUCAACAGGCCCUCACCGAGGAGUAUCAGACUGGUACAGCCGAGGAGACUUACGUCAUGAUCGAUGAGAGUUCCAAGGGUUCGAUCUCAAAGGUGAUGCGUUGCGAUGAACUGCAGCAAUACGAGGAUCAGUCGAAUACCUACAAGCAGCAGUUUAUCACCACCGAGGAUGUGAACAUUAUGCAUGUUUCGGAGCGCGAGAAGCUGGAGGCCCAGAGGUUGAUCCGCGAACAGCAGGCUGUCAAUUGGCGCCAACAGCAGCAGCGCCCGCAAUUACAGCCCCAAAUCUCCCAGACUUCCGACAGGCAAAAGUUGGAGCAACAGCAGAGCCUCAUCGAGGAGGCUCAGCGCCAGCAGUUCGUGCAGAUCGAGGACUCGCAGAUGAUGAGUCUGGAGCAGUACGAGCACCAGAAGAUCGUAAACCAACGCACCCAGCAGGAGGCCUUCAGCUGGCGUCAGCCACGCGAGCCCCAGAAGUUCAUCCAGGUGGAGGACUCCUCGUUGCUUCACCUCCAGGAGCGUCAGGAUACGCAGGAGCAGCAGUUGCUGCAACAGCAGCCUGUGAUGUGGGAUCGUGGCAGGAAGAAGCCGGAACAACCUCAGUAUGUGCAACCUCAAACGGCUCCUCUUCAGGAGGAAUAUGUGGAGAAGCCAAAGACAUACGAGGAAAUGCAUGACGAGCUUGUUGAACCCACUCCUGUUCAACAACCCCAACCAGUGCCUGUUUUGUGGGAGCGCGGCAAGAAGAAGCCCCAACCCCAGGAGAAGACCUUCGAGGAGGCGCACGACGAGUUGGUUGAACCCACUCCCGUCCAGCAACCAGAACCUGUGCCAGUCCUCUGGGAACGUGGCAAGAAGAAGGUAGCUCAGCAGGAAACCAUCACAUCCCAGGAAGUGGUGCAAACCUCUCAAGUGGUCGAACAACAGAUUGUUGAGGAAACCAAAAAGACUGCUGUUCGCAGGGUGAUUCCACCACGAGAGCCGGAGCAAAAAGUGGAACAGGUUACCUUGAAGCCAACGCCACGUCCUCGUCCCAAGGAGGCUCAGAAGACUGAAGAGAUCCAACUGAAACCGUUUAAGAGCACAAGACCCGUUCAACAAACAGUGGAUCAGCCAGCGCUAAAAGCCUACGAAGAAGCCACCGAUGAGUUGCCCGAAGAAACACUGCCUCAAGUGCAGGAGCAACCACAGCCUGUCUUGUGGGAGCGCGGCAAGAAAAAGCCCCAAAAGCCCGAAGAGCAAGCGGUUGAGAUUCCAAAGACUUUGGAAGUUGCGGUCGACACACUGGAAGAGGAGGUGCCUAAGCCCACUGAACCUCAGCCCCAACCUGUUUUGUGGGAGCGUGGUAAGAAGAAGCCCCAAAAGCCGGAAGAGCCAGUGCCCGAGAUCCCGAAGACUCUCGAGGUUGCCGAGGACACUCUGGAAGAAGAGACUAAACCAGUCCAACCGGAAGCACAACCCGUGCUUUGGGAACGCGGCAAGAAGAAGAAACCGCAACCUCAAGAAGUGGUUGAAGAGAAGAUUGAGGAAGCUCCUGUUAAGACCUACGAAGAAGCAGUCGAUGUUCUGCCCGAUGAGCCCAAGGUUGAAGAGAAACCAGAGCCCGUCUUGUGGCAGCGUGGCAAGAAGAAGGCUUCCAAGCCAGAACCCGUUGAGGAAGUGCAUCCCGAUGAGGUAGAUGCCCAAAUCGAGGCCCUGGUUGAAGAAGAGCAGGUUAUUGUCGAAGAAAAGCGACGAGUCAAGAAGACCAAGAAGCCAAAGCCCACGAAAGAAGCUACCGAGGAGGUCUUCGAAGAGCAGCCGGUAGAGGAAAUUGCUCCAGAGGAGGAGGUACCUCAGGAAGAAGUUAUCGAAGAACUCGAGGAAAUUGUUGAAGAAAAACGCAAGGUGAAGAAGACAAGGAAACCCAAGCCUACGCAACAGGUGACCGAAGAGGAACAACCCGAGGAAGAGGUUGUCGAAGAGCAAGAAGAUAUUGUUCAGGAGCAGGAAGCGGUUGUUGUCGAAGAAAAACGACGGGUCAAGAAGGUCAAGAAGCCCAAGACUGUUGUCGAGAAGACUGAGGAAGUGGAAGAGCAGCCCGAAGAGGAAGUUCCAGAAGAAGAAAUCGUUGAGGAGCUAGAAACGAUCGUGGAAGACCAGGAAGAGGUUGUCGAAGAGAAGAAGAAGGUCAAGAGGGUAAGGAAGCCCAAACCAACCGUUGAAAAGACUGAUGUUGAAGAACAGCCUGAGGAAGAAAUUCCAGAGGAGGAGGCCAUUGAAGAGCAAGAAGAGGUUGUAGAACAAGAAGAAAUCCUGGAAGAGAAGCGAAAGGUGAAGAAGGUAAAGAAGCCCAAGAAGACUGUGGAAAAGACCGAGGUGGAAGAAGAACAACCAGAAGAGGAAGCUCCCCAAGAAGAAGAAAUAAUCGAAGAGCAGGAAGAAAUUGUAGAAGAACAACGCAAGGUGAAAAAGGUCAAGAAACCCAAGAAGAAGGUGGUCGGAGAGGAGAGCGUAGAGCAGCCAGAAGAGGUUGAAGAACCUCAAGUUGAGGAGGUUGAGGUUGAAGAAUCUGUUCCCGAAGAACCCAAAAAGCCCAAGCCUGCGCCCAAAGCCCAAGAUGUUGAGCAAGUUGAAAAGGUUUCACUGAAACCUGCGCCAAGGAAGCAACGUCCUCUGCCCGAGAAAGAACAACUGGAGGAGGUAACGUUAAAACCGCUGAAAAAGACUGCAAUUGUCUCGGAAACCACACAACCCGAGACUCCUGAAACCGAAUUCGAGGUGAAGGAAUAUGUUGUCACCACUGAGGACCAAAUAGUUGACGUGACGAAGAAGCGCGUUAAGAAGAAGAAGCCCAAGACGAAGACUGCCACUGAAGAAUCCACUGAAGAGCCGGCAGAAGAAAUCGAAGAAUUCGAGGAGGAGGAACCCGUGCCGGAAGAAGUGCAACCAGUCGAAGACGUUCCGGAGGAACAAACCUUCGAGGAUGUUACCCCCGAACAGAAAAUUGCACCCAAACCGAAGCCAAGAAAGGAAGAAAUCGUCGAGAAGGUUGAAGAAGUGGCCCUCAAGCGGGUCACUCGGCCAAAGAAAGAGCUUCCCCAAGAGGCGACCAUUGAGGAAGUGCGCUUGAAGCCAACACAACGAACAUCCAUCAAGCCCGAAGAAGUCAAGCUGGAGGAAGUUGACUUGCAGCAUGUCGAGAGAAAGGAGGAAGAAAUCGUUCAGGAGGAGAAGCGCAAGACCAAGAAGGUGAAGAAGCCGAAACACGAAGACCUUCCCGAAAUUGCCGAUGCUGAGCCCACACAACUGGAGGAGGCCGAGCACAUCGACAUUGAGAAGGAACCCAAGCCCGAAGAAGAGCAACCUCAGGUGCCAUGGAAGCGAGGAGAGAAGAAGAAGCCGGUCGAGGAAGUUCUGGAGGAGAAACAAUGGCCAACGGGUAAACGCCGUCCACUUCCUGCAGAGCAGCCGGAAGAGGUUACAUUAAAGCCAAUUCCCUCAAAACCAGUUGAAGAGCCGCAAAAGCCCGAAAAGGCCAUACCCGGUCCAAAGCUUGUGCCAGAAGAAAAGCCAGAGAGCGAAGAGGAGGAACUGGAGCUUGAACCCCUUAAGUUGCCCGAAGACAAGCAGCCCAAGGAGCCCAAGGCCAAGAAGGAAAAGAAGAAGAAGCCCAAGCUGAAGAAGGCCACACCCUCAGUGGACGAGGUGUCCGAGGAGGAGGCGGUGCCCUUCGACGAGCCCAUCGCAGAGGAAGAUCAAGUGGAAGAGUUGCCGGUGGACGAUGUCAAGGUCGUGGCAGUUUCCGAAGACGUACUGCCCGAAGAGGAGGUUGUGCCCACCGAGGAAACGCCUCAGACGAAGCAGAAGGCGCACAAGAAGCGCACGAAACCACUCAAGCAGGCCUCCGUGGAAGGACAACCACAGCUGCUGGAAGCCGCUAUUGCUGAAAUCGAAAAGGUGGACGAAAUAUCCCAGGAGAUCUCACAAAAGACUAUUACCCUACUCAAGAAGACUGAAGACACAAGACCUCAAUUCAUCACGACUGAACAGCUCAUCGAGCUGGAUGUGGAGGACGUGCGACGUGACCUCGAGAUGAAGGUCACAUCGAACAUCAUCAAGAAGGAGAAGCGUCGCGUGGUGCUGGACGACAGUCAACCGUUGCCGGAGCUCGAGCUGAUCACCCAGAAGCGCAUUCAAGAGGGCAUUGACAGGGUGGCCGAUGAGGAGCUCAUCGAGGACCAGCAGCUCAUCCAGAACCAACAGGAAACGACCACCUCUGAGGUGAUUGGUCAGGAGCGCAAGCUGGUCAAGAAGAAGAAGAAGGAGAUUAAGCCACCGAGGAUCACCGAGAAGCUGCGUCCCCGUCAAUGCGUUCCCGAGGAACCCACCGUGCUGGAGUGCAAGGUGGAGGGAGUUCCCUUCCCCGAGAUCAACUGGUACUUCAACGACAUCCUGCUGUUUGCCUCGGAGAAGUACGAGAUCACUGUCGUCGAGCAGGUGGCGAAGCUGAAGAUAGCCAAGGUCACGCCCAGCGAUGUUGGCGUCUAUACAUGUGAGGCCAAGAACGAGGCUGGAGUGGCCACAAGUCGUACCAACAUUAUUUUAGAAAAAGAACAAGGAGUUGCACCCCAGUUUACGAAACCGCUUAAGAUUGAGUUUACUGAGGAGAAGCAGCCCGAGCUGCUGAAGGUGACGGUGACCUGUCAAGUGACGGGAAAGCCCAACCCUCAGGUCAAAUGGUACAGAGGUAUAGAGGAAGUUAUUCCCAGCGAAACCGUGCAAAUGUUCUACGAUGAGAAAACCGGUGAUGUGGCGCUAGAGGUUAUCAAUCCCACGCCCAAUGAAGCGAUUGUCUACUCGGUGCAGGCGCAGAAUCAAUUUGGACGUGCCAUUGGCAAUGCCAAUAUCCUGAGUCGAGUGGAUGAAGUGCCCAGGGAGAUACUCAAGGCCCCGACUGUCACUCCUUUGAAUGCCGUUGUUGUACCCACCGGGGGUACUCUCUUCUUCGAGGCCAAGUACGAUGGUCUGCCCAGGCCAGAGAUCAAAUGGAUGCGCAAUGGCCGCGAGAUCAUCGAGAACGAGGAGAUCAUCGUAGAAACAACCGAAACCACGACCACCAUCAAGGUUGUCAAUAUGACGCGCAAACGAACUGGCAAAUACGAAGUUUGGGCCAAGAACAAGGUGGGCGAGGCCAAGUCCUCGGGAUCGGUGGUGGUUUCAGAUCAGAAACCCGAUGAGCAAAUUAGGCCGCCCAGAUUUGUUCAGCCCCUGGAACCGAAGUACUUUGGCGAGCACGAGGUGGCCAUUAUCGAAGCGGUGGUGGACUCCGAGCCACUAUCCUCCUUCCAGUGGUUUGUGCACAAUGAACCCAUCAAGAGCUCGAACGAAGUGCGCAUUGUCAGCCAGGCCAACAAGUCGACGCUGCUGAUUGAGGACUUCCAGAAGCAGUUCGUAGGACCCUUCACUUGUCGAGCCGAGAAUGUGGGUGGUUCGGUGACAUCGACGGCUACUGUCAACCUAAUCGAAUCUCUGCCCCAAGAGGAGGCAGUGGAAUUCGAAUCACCGCGAUUCGUUGAGGAACUCAUCCGACCCGUCGAGGUUAUGGAUGGCGAGGCAUUGCUGCUCACCUGUCAGGUGACCGGAAAGCCCACUCCCAAGGUGGAGUGGUAUCACAAUGCCGAGAAGAUCACCGAGAACAAGGAAACUACGAUAUCGCAAGACUUGCAAGGCAUUUGCCAGCUGCAGAUUACGGAAGUUUUCCCCGAAAACCAGGGCCAAUACGAGUGCGUGGCCACAAACAAGAUUGGCAAGAGCGUGAGCAAGACAAACGUUAAGAUUCAAGCAUUUGAAUAUAUCCCCGAUUCUGAAAUCACUGGACUCACAGGAUCUGAGGAGGAUCUACUAGAUAGAACUCUCUCGAUCGACGAACAAGCUCCGAAAAUAAUUAAAAAGCUACCGGAGAAAAUCGAGCCCAAAGAGGGCGAGCAAGCGAAGCUGGAGGUUAAGGUCGUUGGAAAACCAAAACCGAAGGUCAAGUGGCUGCGCGACGACGAGCAGAUAUUCGCCUCCGAGGAAUAUCAAAUCGAAAAUUUCGAAGACGGCACCUCAGUGUUGGUGAUCAACCACGUCUAUCCCGAUGAUUUGGGCACAAUUAGUUUCGAGGCAUACAAUCCACUGGGUGUGGCAGUGACCACGGCGCUCUUUGCGGUCGAAGGCAUCGUUGGAUCGAAGGAUUACCGCAAGCCGGAGUGGGUGACUCAGAUGGAGGAGAUGCAGGUGGCUCUCAAAGCUGCUAAAUGCUCGCCAUCACUACUAAACGAAAUGCGUGACUGCCGUGCUGCCUUAGGCGAAACAGCCAAGUUCUCGAUACAGUUCGCAGGCAACCCGAUACCAGAUAUUCAAUGGUAUUUCAACAACGUUCAGCUUAGGGCAUCUGAAAAGUAUCGCAUGGUAGUGCAGGAACAGGAAGCAACGCUAGAAAUACUGAAGAUCACGAACGAAGACUGCGGUUACUACAACUGCAAGUUGAUCAACGAGAUUGGCAUGACGAUGACGCGAGCCAAGUUCGAUAUAUCAUCCACCAGCACCGAGGUCGAGGAGGUCAAAGUCAAGACUACGGUGAAGAAGAAGGCCGGCAAGAAGACCAUGGUGAAGAGAUCCGGGGCCUCAGAGUCGCAGACCGUGCAAAAGACAGAAAUCCGUAUUAUUCCAGCCAGCACGGCAGAAACCACAAUGAAUGUGAUUAGGGUGAAGCAACCUGUGUCCAUACUCGUGGAGAAGAGCGAAGUAUCCGAGGUUCUAGAGGUGAAAGAUCGCAGAAUUGCCGAUGCCGAAAAGCGCAGCAGUCAGAUAAUCGAAGAGGUGGAAGAAAUUGAAGAAAUCGAAGAGGUGGAAGAGAUUGAGGAGAAAGUCCAGGAAGAGGAAGUGAAAGUAGAGCAGAAGGAAACUUACACAUCUAGCAAAAAGAUAGAGAUAACCAAAACUGUGGAGCUAAUACGCACGAAGAUCAGCCAGAAGAUCAUCACCAUUGAGGAUGUUCAAGUGCUGUCGCACCACGAAGAAGUCCAAUGGCUGCUCGAGUCGAUUGAGGCCGAGUCCUUUGGACAAAUUGGCGAGUCUGCCCUCAGAGAUUUGGCCACAAUUGGACUGCUGUUGCGCUAUGGCUGUGAACAUUACGAGAUUACCUAUAUGUACGAGCAAAACAUAUUCAUAUCCCUGAAGAAACCCGAGUCCCAAUCGGCCCUGGUGCAGCUCGUUGAGCGAGAGGGCCACGAGGAGCUGAUCUCCCAGAUACUGAGCGAGUCCUCAAACGAGGACGAGACCAUCCUGGCAGCCACCGUAGGAUUCAAGGCCUUCAUACGCAUGAUUCAGACGUAUGAAAUCACCAUUGAGAUCGUCAUACGAAAGUUUGUUAGGGAGGACUUCAUAUCGCAGGACUGGAAGAUAUGUGGAAAGGAGAGAAUAGUAGAGACAUCGCAGAUAAUUGAAAGUCACGAGGCCAUCACACAUGUGAAAAUAGAGGAAACAUUUGUCGAGGAACGAACGAUAAUUGUCCAAGAAGAAACAGCAACCACUAAGGUGGAAAAACAAUUCAUACAGCAACUAGAACAAGAACAUGUGCAAAUACAAGAACAACAAGAACAAGUGCUACAAAUACAGGCUCAGGCUGAACAAAUUGUGCAGAAGAAAACGAAAACCAAAAAGCAUAAAAAACACAUACAAGAACAAGAACAGGAAGUCACCGAGUCCACAACAAUCGAACAAUACGAACAAAGAGAAACACUGGCCCACGAAACAAGCACAGGAUCACCGCAGGCAGAAACUCUUGAGCAAAUCGAAGAGCUUCUGCCCACAUACGAGACACUAACCACGCAAAAUCUACCAACAGACACGCUCGAAAGCGUUGCAGUUGCAGUCACCACAGAACUUUCUACUCCGAAACCGAUUCCGGCUCAGGUUCAGGAUGAAAUACUACCCCAAAAGAUAUUGGCCUUGAGGGAGGAGUGUUUGCCACUCGAUGAGGUUGGCCCGCAAAAGGAAACCCCCAGACCCGUAGAAAGCAAGCUUACCGAACAGGUGGAAAUCAGGAAAAAGCAUGCUGUGAAUGUGUCCGAAACAAAAACGGACGAGUCUUCAAGAGAACUGAAGCCUUCUAAGAUACCCAAGUCCGUUAAGGCCCAGCGCAAGAUGAAGGAGUCACGUCCUUUGCUGGUUGAAGCUCCAAGCAUAGAAGAAGCUAUCGAGGAUCUGCAACCACUCAAGACCAUAACUCAACAGGCCCAUGGUGACAUAUUGUUGUCUCAUGAGCUAACCGAGGAACAACAACCUACGCUGGAGAGCAUCGAUCAGCUGAAACCAAUCGAAGCAACGGAGGAAACCGUUCAGCAGAAGCUACUGAACCAGCAGGAGCUGAUCAUCACCGAAGUGAUGAGCACCGAAUCAGUUGAAAAGGAGGUCAUUCAGACCAAGCCAGUUGGAGAAAAUAUCGCACCACAAGUCACACCCAACAUAAGUCUGGGCAUUAGCGAGUGCCAGCCAGAGGACUCGGUGGGCGAACUUCAACCUGCGGUCAAGGGACAUCUGGAGUCAUCAACGAAUUCAGUAGUCCAACACAAGGCGGUCAGUGGAAACGCACCGGAAGUUUUUGAGAGUGUGGAUCGAAUGCCAUUUGAGACCCAACCGACUAAGAGUGUGGCUGAUUACACCAUUAAGGCCGAGGAGAUUCCAGUUCAGGUUCUGGAAACUGAAACCUUUGAGAGUCUGAAAGGAGGCGAAGUGGCCAAGAAACGGACUGGCGAAAUUAAAGCUUUGGAACUAUUCGAGUUAGCCGAGGGCUUAGUAAAUAUCACAGCAGAUUCUCAGAGUCCCAUCGAUGAGGCUUUGCCAAGCUUUAAGGCAGAUGUAAAGGAAGCCAUUGUAGAUAUGCAGACACAACACCAUGUGGUAACCCUCGAAACAGUUUCAAACGAACAGGCAUCGAAGGACUUGGAGGUGAAAGAUAUUCCCAAAAUUGCCGAGGGAACGCUGGGGCAAUCAAGCGCCUUGACUGUUGGCGAAACACAGGAGACGAACGUAGUGGAAACGGCAGUUGAGCUUAUCGAACCAAUUGUGGAAUCAACGAAACCUGCAAAGGGCACCUUAACAAAGGCCUAUGGAACAGCGGAAAGUAAAGAAGAGGCCCUCUUCGAUUCACUCGGUUUGGUACCAGCUGAAGAUCACAAAAGCGUGCAGGGUAAAGUUAUUAUUUCCGAGGCUGAAAUCGUUGCAGAAGUUCAGACGUCAACAGUGAUUGACAGAGAAGAAGAGCUUAUUUCCGCAGUUCCCGAAAUGAUGGAUGCCAAACUAGAAUUCAUCGAGCAGACGGCAUUGGAGAUUAAGCAAGACACAACUGUGGAUAAGGAGGAGAUCCUAUCCGACGAAAAAGAACAGAUAUCCCAGUUAGCUACCGAAAAGAUGAUUCCUGCCGAGCUAAGGGUAACGAGCGUAUUCGAGGUUCAACCCGGCGUGACAUCGUCUGACAUUAUUCCCGAGGAAACCAAGUCUGGAUCUGCGAAUCGGGUCUUUGAAACGAUGACGAUUGGGGUUGCUAGUAAGCCUGACUUGUUAGAGAGUACCAGUCAAAUCGAACAACUUCAAAAGCCUGAACCCAAAACGGGUAACAUAAUUCUCGAUGAGAACCAAGUGCCUUUGGAUGUUACCAGUGUACAGAUAACCGAAACGAGCACCGAUUUCGUUGAUGGUCUUGUUAAUCAGAAGCUUAUCAAGGCCCAGACUGUCACCGAAGCUUUCAAGUACACCGAGGGCCUGGAGGUGAUUCCGAUGGAGUCCACGAUCGACAAACGCGAAGACACCAAACCGACGGCAGUUUUAGCAGAUAUUAGCAUGCCGCAACAAUUUGGAACCGAUGUUAGAGAGCAGGCGCCCCUGGAAAGCCUUCAACCACGCGAGGAAGAAGUGAAGCCCCAGACACAGACAACAGAAAGCCACUUCGGUUUGCUGCAACCCCUAGAAACCAGCACAUGUGUAACCUUGGAGGGGGAGACCAUUCUAUCGACUGAAGAGCCCCAUUCAUUGCAGAGCGCUGCCAUCGGAACUUCGUCCGCUUUGCAAGUAGCCAAUACAUUGAGACCUCAACACAUGGAGACAUUGGAAGGACUGGACGAACACAGGGAGCCCAAGCAUCAGGCACAUGUUAAUAUCGGGGAAAUCACUUUGCCGAAUGUUGAAGAAACCAUCCCUCUGGAGGUCUUAAGCGACUACAGUGCUCCAGAGUAUAGCAAAUCAUCUGUUGGCAGUGUACAGCUUAUCGAAAGUACGACAGCUUUGAAGACGACCACUGCUAUUGUAAGUGAAGGUACAUCGGAGUUGAAGGACGAAAAUAUUACCCAGCAAGUUCAUGUUAAGCCGAAAUUGAAUGAAUCUACCCAGAAAAUCCCACUCUCACAGCAGCCGAAUGUUCUAGACCAAAUUUCGGACUUGAAGGAAGUCUUCCCCACCCCAGAAACAAUUCAACCUUCAAUGAAUACUUUAUACGAGGUUAACGUACGAGAAUCUGACGUGUUCGAGAAAGAGGAGCUCCUGGAAGGUGUUGCCCAGCCAAGUGAACAACUUAUUAAAGUAGCAUUGGAUUCCACGACGGGCAUAGCACUGGUUCGACAAGAAGAUACCCUCGAGCAAGAGGAGCAUCUUGCAGUUCCCUCAGUGCAGUCAGAGAGGGCCAAACCCGUUUCUUCAGAGCUCCUUCAGUUGCCUGUAACUGAACGCAUGCAAGAAAACCAAAGCGUCGGUGACUUGGAAGAUUUCAACACAUCAAACAAGUUUGCAUCUCCCAGAAUUGAUCUUUUAAGUGAAACAAAGUCAUCUGAAACCAUUGUGUACGACUCUGUUACACAAUCAAAGGAGUCUGCAAUGCCAGAUAAUGUAGUGCCCAAAAAGUCUCUGGUACCCCAUGAGCAUACAAUGGUGACUGGCAGCAUUGUAUUUGAUGCAACUGAGAGCUUCGAAAGCUUAUCUGCCGACCAACGAACCGCAAUCAAGGUUCAGGAUAACUUAAGCCUUUCAAUUAUUUCACAGGAUCAGAGUAUAUUGGAAUCUGAGAAAAAUCUUGGACUUGAAACUACCCCGAGCCAGAAAGCCAAACGUCUGGAGGAUGUCAAAAAUCUUCAUGCUAAACUGGUGGGCGAAGCCACCGCCUAUGAAGCCAUGGGACAGGCCCAUGAAGUGGAUAAGUACAAUGUACAGCAAGCGGAAGUCACUCACGAGCUCGCUCAAGUUCAUGCAACGGAUCUGCAGCAAACUGUUGAAGCUGAAAAAGAGCUUAGGAGCCAUGAGCAAUCUUAUGCAGUAGCAACGACUGAUAGUAUACCGUCGCGGCUUGCUUUGGCGACGACUACGAAGACACAACCUAUUGAAGGAACUCAUGAUCUAUUAAGUUCGCCCGCAGACACAUUGCUUGCUCAGACAACCUAUGAAGGAAGACAACAUGAAGUUAAUAUUAGCGAAGUCCGUGCGAUAGAGGAAUCUGAAGAUCUCCCAGAGACAGGUUUGCCUACUGGUUCUGCAGUGGAGUCUAUGGAUACAAUGUUUAAGGCCACACCAGAAUCCCAUCAACCACGAGUUUUCCAAAAGGAGUCAAGUAUACCGUCCAAGUUACCUACGGAAGCCAGAGCCAAAUCAUCUGUGGAUCUGCUUCAGAGUACCUCAGUACUCGAUACUGUUCCCCUAGAAUCAUCUGAACGAAUUAAAGAUACUCAGGUUUCUGCGCAGCAGGCCCAACAAGAGUUUGUUGCUGUUGUAGAGUCAAAUAAAGUUCAAGUUCAAAUGGAUAACAUAAUCAUGCAAAAGGAAGAGGUCUUGGAAAGUACUCAAAAGGAGUAUUUCGGAAAACCAUUUAUUGAAGGAACACAGCGGGAAACGCUUGUAACUGAAGUAGUACCUAUUGAAAAUGUGGGUGGUAUGGACCUACCCAAAGAGCCAACUGUAUUCCCAGCCAAUCUGAUAACAAACGAUAGAAUCAAUCAGUCCCCUAUUGUAGAAACUCAGAUGCCAUUAGAACUAGAAAGUGAGGUGCAAGUUGUUAACGACAAAGUAGCUCAAGCUAAAAUCAAAUCAGAUGAAGUUAGCUUGCAUACAACCACAUCUGAAGUCACUUCUUACGAGAAAAGCCAAGACCUUCAAUAUCAAAAAGAGCAUGGCCAUAUUGUUAACAUAUCCAGAGAUGUAGAUAUUAACAGGGCUCAUUCGACAACAAUUCAAUCAACAUUCCUAAAGGAGGAUACUCUACCCCAACUUAACGUUCUGGACGACACAGCUCAACUGUCUAAUGUUGAAUUUCAACCUUUGCUAAUCGAAGAGGUUGUCAGCACAAGUUCUAUUCAAGAAACAUAUGAACUUCAAGUUCCAGCUGAAGGAAAAGCCAACGUAACUCAGCAAGCUCCACACGGGGCUGCAAAUGUUUCUGAACAGAUGGCAUAUGAACAAAGUCCUAAUAUUGUGGUUAGGCCUGACGAAAAGAACAGUACAACGACAAGCUCUGUGAAAUCAGUUCUUAAGCCAGCUGAAAUAUCAACCGUAAAUGUUUACGAAAACAUUGAGGGCCAUGGUGAUUUUAAGCCAAAUACUGCGAACCUAUUAUCAGACACUACUACUGUUUCGGAGCUGAAGGUUUCUGUAGUAGAAGUGGUGACUGCGAUAACAUCCUUGGGCAGCCUUGCAACGGACGUACCGCAGGAGUUGAAAGCAAUGCCAGAAACCGUUUUACACAAAAACAUUGUUUACAGCGAGGAGCUUCCUUGUGAAGGUGUAAGCCCAAUAUUGGGAGACAAAAAGCAACCUUUCGAGCAUGCAACAACGCAACUAUCUGAUGUAAGAGUUGCACCUUUAACAAGCGAGCAAAAUGAGAAGGGAACUGUUCAGGAAAUAAUUGAGUUUCAAGCUGACGAGAAACGUGCGCUACCAUCAAUCACAACGCAGAGUACGUAUCUUACCCAACAAACAAUAUCACAUGAACAGGCCAAUUUAUUGGAAGAGAUGCCUCACAAAACUCAGGAAAUUGCUAAAGUACACUUUGAAACAAACACUUCAGUAACAACAGAACAACAAAACAUAUUUAGCUCAACAGCAGCUCGGGUUAGUCCGAAUACUGAGGAUAUGUUAAAGCCAACCGUAGUUGAAGGUAGCUUAAAAAGUGCUUUACAAACUACACAAUUUGUCUCAGAAUCCAUGCUUGAAAUUCCACAACUGAUGUCUGAAACUGCACACAUUGAAACAACAAGACACGAAGAAGCACAUUCUACGACAACUGAGUCACUAGCACCAAUACACGAAUCAAGAGACGACACUGAUAGUAUUCAGAAGAAAAAGACACCGGAAGUUAUUAAGUUAGAGAGUUUAGAUAAAACGGUAAAAAAACAUAUGGAUACAAAACAAAGCACAGACACAACACACACAAAACAAAAGACACCAACACAAAAACCUGAUUCACAAGAGACAGAAAUCACAGAAACGCCAGAAACUGUGAAAAUUAUUGAAACAAUAUCUGAAGACGGAACACCGAAAAAGAAGAAGAUUCGAACUCGUUUAAUCAAAAAGGUCAAGGGAGACAAACAAGAAGUCACAAAGAUCGAAACCGUUGAAGAAGAAGACAAACCAGCUGAGACAACUGUCACUGUCGAGGAACUUCCGGUAGUAGAGGAGCAUCCAGAAGUAAUCAAGGAACUAGCAGAAGAGGUUCGCGUCGUUGAAACUAUUACCGAAGACGGCAAACCAAAGAAGAAAAAGAUCCGCACUCGUGUGAUCAAGAAGGUCAAGGGUGACAAACAAGAAGUCACAAAGAUCGAAACUGUCGAGGAGGAUGACAAGCAACCAGAAACCACAGUUACCGUUGAAGAAAUUCCGUUUGAAGAAGAAAAACCAGAAGAGAUCCAAGAGCUUCCAGAAGAGGUUUGCGUGGUUGAAACCAUUGCUGAAAACGGCAAGCCAAAGAAGAAGAAGAUCCGCACUCGUGUGAUCAAGAAGGUCAAGGGUGACAAACAAGAAGUUACAAAGAUCGAAACCGUCGAGGAGGAUGACAAGCAACCCGAAACCACAGUUACCGUUGAAGAACUUCCGUUUGAAGAAGAAAAACCAGAAGAGAUUCAAGAGCUUCCAGAAGAGGUUCGCGUGGUUGAAACCAUUACUGAAGACGGCAAGCCAAAGAAGAAGAAGAUCCGCACUCGUGUGAUCAAGAAGGUCAAGGGUGACAAACAAGAAGUCACAAAGAUCGAAACCGUCGAGGAGGAUGACAAGCAACCAGAAACCACUGUAACUGUUGAAGAACUUCCGUUCGAAGAAGAAAAACCAGAAGAGAUUCAAGAGCUUCCAGAAGAGGUUCGCGUGGUUGAAACCAUUACUGAAGACGGCAAGCCAAAGAAGAAGAAGAUCCGCACUCGUGUGAUCAAGAAGGUCAAGGGUGACAAACAAGAAGUCACAAAGAUCGAAACUGUCGAGGAGGAUGACAAGCAACCAGAAACCACAGUUACAGUUGAAGAACUUCCGUUUGAAGAAGAAAAACCAGAAGAGAUUCAAGAGCUUCCAGAAGAGGUUCGCGUGGUUGAAACCAUUACUGAAGACGGCAAGCCAAAGAAGAAAAAGAUCCGCACUCGUGUGAUUAAGAAGGUCAAGGGUGACAAACAAGAAGUCACAAAGAUCGAAACCGUCGAGGAGGAUGACAAGCAACCAGAAACCACUGUAACUGUCGAAGAACUUCCGUUCGAAGAAGAAAAACCAGAAGAGAUUCAAGAGCUUCCAGAAGAGGUUCGCGUGGUUGAAACCAUUACUGAAAACGGCAAGCCAAAGAAGAAGAAGAUCCGCACUCGUGUGAUCAAGAAGGUCAAGGGUGACAAACAAGAAGUCACAAAGAUCGAAACUGUCGAGGAGGAUGACAAGCAACCAGAAACCACUGUAACUGUUGAAGAACUUCCGUUCGAAGAAGAAAAACCAGAAGAGAUUCAAGAGCUUCCAGAAGAGGUUCGCGUGGUUGAAACCAUUACUGAAGACGGCAAGCCAAAGAAGAAGAAGAUCCGCACUCGUGUGAUCAAGAAGGUCAAGGGUGACAAACAAGAACUCACAAAGAUCGAAACCGUCGAGGAGGAUGACAAGCAACCAGAAACCACAGUUACCGUUGAAGAGCUUCCGUUUGAAGAAGAAAAACCAGAAGAGAUUCAAGAGCUUCCAGAAGAGGUUCGCGUGGUUGAAACCAUUACUGAAGACGGCAAGCCAAAGAAGAGGAAGAUCCGCACUCGUGUGAUCAAGAAGGUCAAGGGUGACAAACAAGAAGUCACAAAGAUCGAAACCGUCGAGGAGGAUGACAAGCAACCAGAAACCACUGUAACUGUUGAAGAACUUCCGUUCGAAGAAGAAAAACCAGAAGAGAUUCAAGAGCUUCCAGAAGAGGUUCGCGUGGUUGAAACCAUUACUGAAGACGGCAAGCCAAAGAAGAAGAAGAUCCGCACUCGUGUGAUCAAGAAGGUCAAGGGUGACAAACAAGAACUCACAAAGAUCGAAACCGUCGAGGAGGAUGACAAGCAACCAGAAACCACAGUUACCGUUGAAGAGCUUCCGUUUGAAGAAGAAAAACCAGAAGAGAUUCAAGAGCUUCCAGAAGAGGUUCGCGUGGUUGAAACCAUUACUGAAGACGGCAAGCCAAAGAAGAGGAAGAUCCGCACUCGUGUGAUCAAGAAGGUCAAGGGUGACAAACAAGAAGUCACAAAGAUCGAAACCGUCGAGGAGGAUGACAAGCAACCAGAAACCACUGUAACUGUCGAAGAACUUCCGUUCGAAGAAGAAAAACCAGAAGAGAUUCAAGAGCUUCCAGAAGAGGUUCGCGUGGUUGAAACCAUUACUGAAGACGGCAAGCCAAAGAAGAAGAAGAUCCGCACUCGUGUGAUCAAGAAGGUCAAGGGUGACAAACAAGAAGUCACAAAGAUCGAAACCGUCGAGGAGGAUGACAAGCAACCAGAAACCACUGUAACUGUUGAAGAACUUCCGUUCGAAGAAGAAAAACCAGAAGAUAUUCAAGAGCUUCCAGAAGAGGUUCGCGUGGUUGAAACCAUUACUGAAGACGGCAAGCCAAAGAAGAAGAAGAUCCGCACUCGUGUGAUUAAGAAGGUCAAGGGUGACAAACAAGAAGUCACAAAGAUCGAAACCGUCGAGGAGGAUGACAAGCAACCAGAAACCACUGUAACUGUUGAAGAACUUCCGUUCGAAGAAGAAAAACCAGAAGAGAUUCAAGAGCUUCCAGAAGAGGUUCGCGUGGUUGAAACCAUUACUGAAGACGGCAAGCCAAAGAAGAAGAAGAUCCGCACUCGUGUGAUCAAGAAGGUCAAGGGUGACAAACAAGAAGUCACAAAGAUCGAAACCGUCGAGGAGGAUGACAAGCAACCAGAAACCACUGUAACUGUUGAAGAACUUCCGUUCGAAGAAGAAAAACCAGAAGAGAUUCAAGAGCUUCCAGAAGAGGUUCGCGUGGUUGAAACCAUUACUGAAGACGGCAAGCCAAAGAAGAAGAAGAUCCGCACUCGUGUGAUCAAGAAGGUCAAGGGUGACAAACAAGAAGUCACAAAGAUCGAAACCGUCGAGGAGGAUGACAAGCAACCAGAAACCACAGUUACCGUUGAAGAACUUCCGUUUGAAGAAGAAAAACCAGAAGAGAUUCAAGAGCUUCCAGAAGAGGUUCGCGUGGUUGAAACCAUUACUGAAGACGGCAAGCCAAAGAAGAAGAAGACCCGCACUCGUGUGAUCAAGAAGGUCAAGGGUGACAAACAAGAAGUCACAAAGAUCGAAACCGUCGAGGAGGAUGACAAGCAACCAGAAACCACAGUUACCGUUGAAGAACUUCCGUUUGAAGAAGAAAAACCAGAAGAGAUUCAAGAGCUUCCAGAAGAGGUUCGCGUGGUUGAAACCAUUACUGAAGACGGCAAGCCAAAGAAGAAGAAGAUCCGCACCCGUGUGAUCAAGAAGGUCAAGGGUGACAAACAAGAAGUCACAAAGAUUGAAACCGUCGAGGAGGAUGGCAAGCAACCAGAAACCACUGUUACUGUUGAAGAACUUCCGUUCGAAGAAGAAAAACCAGAAGAGAUUCAAGAGCUUCCAGAAGAGGUUCGCGUGGUUGAAACCAUUACUGAAGACGGCAAGCCAAAGAAGAAGAAGAUCCGCACUCGUGUGAUCAAGAAGGUCAAGGGUGACAAACAAGAAGUCACAAAGAUCGAAACCGUCGAGGAGGAUGACAAGCAACCAGAAACCACUGUAACUGUUGAAGAACUUCCGUUCGAAGAAGAAAAACCAGAAGAGAUUCAAGAGCUUCCAGAAGAGGUUCGCGUGGUUGAAUCCAUUACUGAAGAUGGCAAGCCAAAGAAGAAGAAGAUCCGCACUCGUGUGAUCAAGAAGGUCAAGGGUGACAAACAAGAAGUCACAAAGAUCGAAACCGUCGAGGAAGAUGACAAGCAACCCGAAACCACAGUUACCGUUGAAGAACUUCCGUUUGAAGAAGAAGUACCUGAAGAGAUUCAAGAGCUUCCAGAAGAGGUUCGCGUGGUUGAAACCAUUACUGAAGACGGCAAGCCAAAGAAGAAGAAGAUUCGCACUCGUGUGAUCAAGAAGGUCAAGGGUGACAAACAAGAAGUCACAAAGAUCGAAACCGUCGAGGAGGAUGACAAGCAACCAGAAACCACUGUAACUGUUGAAGAACUUCCGUUCGAAGAAGAAAAACCAGAAGAGAUUCAAGAGCUUCCAGAAGAGGUUCGCGUGGUUGAAACCAUUACUGAAGACGGCAAGCCAAAGAAGAAGAAGAUCCGCACUCGUGUGAUCAAGAAGGUCAAGGGUGACAAACAAGAAGUCACAAAGAUCGAAACCGUCGAGGAGGAUGACAAGCAACCAGAAACCACUGUAACUGUUGAAGAACUUCCGUUCGAAGAAGAAAAACCAGAAGAUAUUCAAGAGCUUCCAGAAGAGGUUCGCGUGGUUGAAACCAUUACUGAAGACGGCAAGCCAAAGAAGAAGAAGAUCCGCACUCGUGUGAUCAAGAAGGUCAAGGGUGACAAACAAGAAGUCACAAAGAUCGAAACCGUCGAGGAGGAUGACAAGCAACCAGAAACCACUGUAACUGUUGAAGAACUUCCGUUCGAAGAAGAAAAACCAGAAGAGAUUCAAGAGCUUCCAGAAGAGGUUCGCGUGGUUGAAACCAUUACUGAAGACGGCAAGCCAAAGAAGAAGAAGAUCCGCACUCGUGUGAUUAAGAAGGUCAAGGGUGACAAACAAGAAGUCACAAAGAUCGAAACCGUCGAGGAGGAUGACAAGCAACCAGAAACCACUGUAACUGUUGAAGAACUUCCGUUCGAAGAAGAAAAACCAGAAGAUAUUCAAGAGCUUCCAGAAGAGGUUCGCGUGGUUGAAACCAUUACUGAAGACGGCAAGCCAAAGAAGAAGAAGAUCCGCACCCGUGUGAUCAAGAAGGUCAAGGGUGACAAACAAGAAGUCACAAAGAUCGAAACCGUCGAGGAGGAUGACAAGCAACCAGAAACCACAGUUACCGUUGAAGAACUUCCGUUUGAAGAAGAAAAACCAGAAGAGAUUCAAGAGCUUCCAGAAGAGGUUCGCGUGGUUGAAACCAUUACUGAAGACGGCAAGCCAAGGAAGAAGAAGAUCCGCACUCGUGUGAUCAAGAAGGUCAAGGGUGACAAACAAGAAGUCACAAAGAUCGAAACCGUCGAGGAGGAUGACAAGCAACCAGAAACCACAGUUACCGUUGAAGAACUUCCGUUUGAAGAAGAAAAACCAGAAGAGAUUCAAGAGCUUCCAGAAGAGGUUCGCGUGGUUGAAUCCAUUACAGAAGAUGGGAAGCCAAAGAAGAAGAAGAUCCGCACUCGUGUGAUCAAGAAGGUCAAGGGUGACAAACAAGAAGUCACAAAGAUCGAAACCGUCGAGGAGGAUGACAAGCAACCAGAAACCACUGUAACUGUUGAAGAACUUCCGUUCGAAGAAGAAAAACCAGAAGAGAUUCAAGAGCUUCCAGAAGAGGUUCGCGUGGUUGAAACCAUUACUGAAGACGGCAAGCCAAAGAAGAAGAAGAUCCGCACUCGUGUGAUCAAGAAGGUCAAGGGUGACAAACAAGAAGUCACAAAGAUCGAAACCGUCGAGGAGGAUGACAAGCAACCAGAAACCACUGUAACUGUUGAAGAACUUCCGUUCGAAGAAGAAAAACCAGAAGAUAUUCAAGAGCUUCCAGAAGAGGUUCGCGUGGUUGAAACCAUUACUGAAGACGGCAAGCCAAAGAAGAAGAAGAUCCGCACCCGUGUGAUCAAGAAGGUCAAGGGUGACAAACAAGAAGUCACAAAGAUCGAAACCGUCGAGGAGGAUGACAAGCAACCAGAAACCACAGUUACCGUUGAAGAACUUCCGUUUGAAGAAGAAAAACCAGUAGAGAUUCAAGAGCUUCCAGAAGAGGUUCGCGUGGUUGAAACCAUUACUGAAGACGGCAAGCCAAAGAAGAAGAAGAUCCGCACUCGUGUGAUCAAGAAGGUCAAGGGUGACAAGCAAGAAGUCACAAAGAUCGAAACCGUCGAGGAGGAUGACAAGCAACCAGAAACCACAGUUACCGUUGAAGAACUUCCGUUUGAAGAAGAAAAACCAGAAGAGAUUCAAGAGCUUCCAGAAGAGGUUCGCGUGGUUGAAACCAUUACUGAAGACGGCAAGCCAAAGAAGAAGAAGAUCCGCACCCGUGUGAUCAAGAAGGUCAAGGGUGACAAACAAGAAGUCACAAAGAUCGAAACCGUCGAGGAGGAUGACAAGCAACCAGAAACCACAGUUACCGUUGAAGAACUUCCGUUUGAAGAAGAAAAACCAGAAGAGAUUCAAGAGCUUCCAGAAGAGGUUCGCGUGGUUGAAACCAUUACUGAAGACGGCAAGCCAAAGAAGAAGAAGAUCCGCACUCGUGUGAUCAAGAAGGUCAAGGGUGACAAACAAGAAGUCACAAAGAUCGAAACCGUCGAGGAGGAUGACAAGCAACCCGAAACCACUGUAACCGUUGAAGAACUUCCAUUUGAGGAAGAAAUACCUGAAGAAGUUGAAGAGCUUCCAGAGGAAGUUCGCGUCGUUGAAUCCGUUACCGAAGACGGCACGCCAAAGAAAAAGAAAAUCCGCACUCGCGUUAUUAAGAAGGUAAAAGGUGACAAAGAAGAAGUUACCAAGAUCGAAACCGUCGAGGAAGACGACAAACAACCCGAAACAACGGUCACUGUUGAAGAAACUGAUUUAAGUGCUCCUAGUGUAGGCAAAGUAAAACUUAAGAAGAGAGUUAUCGUUAAAAAGCCAGAGGAUGAAGUAACUGUAUUUGAAUUACCUGAGCGGAAAUCAGUUAUACUCUCAGAAAAAGAAGAUGGAACUCCCACCAAGACGGUUAUCAAAACGAGAAUUAUUAAAAAGAUUCAAGGCUCAAACAUGGAAGUGACAAAGGUUCAAACUGUUGAGGAGUAUGAAAAAGCACCACAAACUAAAGUAACGGUUGAGAAGUUUGAGCUGCCAUUCCCGGAACUUCCAGAAGAACAAAUUUCUGAAGUAGUUAUUUUGCCUGAUGAGGUGUUCGAGUCUGAAACGGUUGACGAGGAAGGACAUCCAAAGAUAGUUAAAACCAAGAAGCGUGUCAUUAAAAAACCUGCACUUGAUAAUACCGAAGAGGUUACUGAAAUAGGAAUCAUCGAAGAAGGCAACACUGAGCCCAUCUAUUCGAUAUCUAUAACAGAACAGCCGUUAACGGAUUCCAAGCCAGAUGACAGUAAAUUAAUUGAGUUGCCCGAACACUUGACAGAGUUGGUAGUUGUUUCGCCUGAUGGAACGAAAAAGAAGAAAACCGUUAAAUCCAGAGCCUUCAAAAAGACCAUCGACGAUGACCUCGACGAAGUUACAACUGUUAAUAUAAUCGAGGAAGAAGAUAAGGAGCCACUGACUACAGUUCAAAUUGAAGUUGUGCCAGCUGACGAAACAUCCAUCACACCCAUACCGAUAGAAGAACUUCCUGAGGAAACCGUGUUUACCGAAGAAUUGGACGAAAAUGAGAAGCCAAAGAAGAAAACCACCAAAACACGAACUUUCAAAAAACGAGGUCCGGAGGACGACGAAUACUUCCAAAUUCAAACGGUUGAUGAAGAGGGCAAGGAACCCGUUUCGCUUAUACGAGUUGUUAGCGAUGAAAAUAUUGCUGAUAUUAUCGAUAUUAGUAAACUUGAUGACGAAAAGGUUCCCAAACACAAACAAAAGCCACACAAGCAGAAGGUGGAGAAACCAAAGGCCGAUAACACACAAACGGAACACCCAGUUUACAUCACGACAUUUAAAUCUGUACAAAAUGAAGAUGGAGAAACGACCAUACAAACUGAAAACAAGCGAGUUUCUCAGGAGGAAGGAAUCGUUGUUGAGGAAGUCCUCAGUGAUACAGAACUCAUUCCAGAAGACACAACACAAUCACACCUUGAAAUAACCGAAGUCAGCGAGCCAACAGACCAAUACAACAAAGAGUACACAAUCACUGAACCUGAAGAGGCAAGUGCUGACGCCUUACAAAAACCGGCUAAAGACAAAAAACCAAAACAGAAGAAGACACUAGGUGCUCCUAUUGAGGAAGUUGACGAGACUGUUAUUACUGAAGAAGAGGGUACAGGGGAACUGACUGACAAGACAGUUAAGAAACGAAAGCCAAAGAAGGUUGAGGGUAGGGUUGAGGAGGUUGUUGCUGAUGAGACCCCAGUUGAAAAGAAGGAAAAACCAAAGAAAAAGAAAGUGGUCAAGUCGAAGCGUGAUGAAAUGGAUGACUACAUCCAAUUCCUUAUACACCAAGAAAUUCCAAAAACUGUAAUUCAAGGCUACCAACGUACGGAAAUGGAACUGCCCCAAAGGGCUCGUCGUGACUCGUCUUUCAAGCAACCAGUUAAGCUCACACCCAUGAAAAUCGAGAAAGUAGAGUUUAAAAAGCCUAAAAUGGUGGAAAUAAGUUCGGUGGUUGAAUUCCCACAAAUGCUUAAGCUUAAAGCUCCUAAGCAAAGACCUCAGGAAGAGAAAAAGAAGAAACCUGAAGCAUCUUUCAAGAACAAAAAAUUAAAGAGCUGGAUUAGGUUCAUACCAUACGCACCAUACUGCUUCCCAUAUGUGGUUACCGAAUUGGAAACAAAUCGCGAAGUUGGUGAACUUUCACGAAAUGUUGAAGAAGCCGAAAAGGUAUUAAAGUUGCGACCAAGGAAGUUCAAGCAUACGAAACCCGAAAAGGCAGAACUAGAAGAAGCCGAUCUCGUGGCAUUCGAAUCUGAAACUUCAGAGCCAUCUGAUAAGGAGCAACCACGACCGAAGUACAAACGUGCUAAAAAGGUAAAGGAAGAAGUACCCGAAGAAACUAGGAAACUGAAGCUCGGAAAGGGUAAAAUUCCGCAAAAUGUUGAGGCUGUUGAGGAAGUUCACUUGAAACCGGUUAAGCUAGAAAUUGCAGAGGAAGAUGUCGGCGAAAAGAUUGUUAAGGUAGUAGAAGAAGACGUAAUCAAGAAAAAGAAGACCAAAAAGACCGACAAGACUGACGAAGGACUUCAGUUCGAACCCAUUGAGUUUAAGGAUCUUGAAACCACCUCAGAAUUCCCAGAGGGGUCUGACACAUCUGCGACUGAGGAAACGUCCACACAGGAGAAGCCGAAAUACAAAAGGAAAAAGAAGCCGACUCCUAAGCCCGAGAAAAACGAGUACGAAAUAACGCCUGGAAAACCAAAAGAACAAGAAGAAACCCCAGAAGACGAUCUUAAACUGCGCAAGCGUCAAGGUGAGAGGCCUGAUAAUGAAAAGGAAGAGGUCAAGCUCAAACCCUUCUACAAGUUUGAAGAGUUAGAAGUGGAGCCUGAAGAUGUCCCAACUGAAACAGUACCUACUAGUAAAAAGCUUGCAAAGGAACCCAAGAAAAAGCGAAAGCUUAAGCUUAAGACGGAAGAAGAAGAAAACACAAUCGAAAUCGUGGAAGUUUCUCCUGAAGACAGCGAUGACAAAAUCUUUGAAGUUACAGUUACAAGCUCUGAAAUUGUUCAAGGCGACGAAAAGCCUAGCAAAGUACUUAAGAAGAAGGUCAAGCGCAUGAACAAACAGGAAUUGGAUGAUUUUGUCAUAGAGUUAAAAGAAGAACCAGAUCAAAAGUUCUAUGAAACUAGCAUGCAAGACUUCUAUGAGGUGAAGCUGACCGAAUUGCCGUUAGAACCAGAAAAAGAUAAGCCUAAGAAGCGAAGGAUACGACAUGAAAAGGGAGAUGAAGUGGAAGUUUUGGAAAUCGUCGAAUCGGUUGUCGCUCCCGGUGAAGAGCCCCUCUAUGAAAUCACUGUAACUUCUAGUGAAACAAAGGAUGAUGAAGAGGGAGCAAAGCCAGCUGAAAAGCUUAAGAAGAAAACCAGGAAAAUGAAAAAGGAUGAGCUCGAUGCCUAUAUUCAGCAACUCAUAAAUGCUGAGAUCCCAAUAACAGAACUGGAAAGAUAUGAGAAAAUCGAUGUGGAUGGAAAGCCGAAAAAACCCAAGAAGCAAAAGGUUAAGCCUGAGAAGCCCAUUAUCGAUGAGGGCGAAACUCUUCAAAUUGGAGUCACAGAGCACGAGCCAAUCGAAAAACCGAAAGCCAAGAAACCAAAGACAAAGAUGGCAACUAAGGUGGAAGAAUCGGUUGAGACAGAGGCAAUUCCGGUAUACGAUGAGUUCACUAUCAAAAAGAUUGAUUCGGAACGUGCUCCAGAGGAAGUUAUUGAACAAACAGAAGAACAAAUCAUACCGGCUUUGGAUGAAAUCAUAGCAGAUUUGGGUGAAUCCCUACCUAUUGUCGUAGUAGAGGAAGAAGUUGUGUCUGUCCCACUGGCACCUGAAGUAACUUCUUUAACGGAUGAGAAAAUAAUUAAGAAACGCACGGUCAAAACUCGAAAGGGACCAAAGCAGUACGAAAUCGAAUUAAUUGAAACCGAGGCACCAAUCGAACAACCAGAGGAAGCUAAGGUUAUAGUUAUAACGACCGAAAUUUCUGAAGAUACAACCGACGGACCUAUUCUUACCAAACCGGAAGCACCAAAGAAAUCCGUUAAAAAGGUGAAGAAAGAGUAUCUAAAGGAGUAUAUUGUCAGAAUAGUCGAGGAAGCUCCAUCGGAACACAUCGCUGAAAUUUCUGAAGAUAUUACACCAGCUCCUGCCAGAGAAAGCUCUGUGGAAGAGGAUAUUACUUCCUUCACCACAACAGUAGUUGACGAGGAAACAGUUACACCUUUAAUCACCGAAGAAACAAAAUCUGAAGAUGUUCCUAGUACUCCAAAGGAUAAGAAAAAGAAAACUGAUAAGCAAAAGCAGAUCAAAAUAUCCGAAACUGAACCUUCUCCGAUUCCUGAAGAUUCAACGAUCACAGAAUAUUCAACACAAAUCGCGGAAUCUGAGGAAAUUCCCCAAACGGAUGAAUAUUCGGUAGAAGUAAGGGAUAACUUGCCCAAAACCAAAAAGAAACCGACAAAGAAACCAAAGGAAAAAUCUCCUGCUGAGCCCAUAUCCCAAUAUACGAUUCGAAUUGAGGAGCUUGCUCCGGAAACUUCUACCGAAAAAAUAGUAAACGAGGAAGGUAAGGAAGUUGAACGAGUGGUAGCCAAGCGGAAGAUCAAAAAGAAGGAGGGACCGAAGGAAUAUCUAAUUGAAGUUGUCGAAACAUAUGAGGACAACAAACCUGAGGCAGAUCUUGUCAUUCAGACUACUGAAAUAACACCAUCAAUUGACUCUAAACCUGAGGAGGAGCAUAAGAUAAAAAUUGUCAAGAAGAAAAAGCCUAAGGCCGAAAGCUUGGACAAUUAUGUUCAACAGCUCAUAGAAGAGGAACUUCCUAAAGUAGAUCUCGAAGAAUAUGAAGCGACUGUAUUGGAGUCAUCUCCAGAAGAAAGAAAGCCCAAGAAAAUCAAGAAACACCACAAAAAAUCUACCCAGAUUAUCGACGGCAUACCGAUUACUGUGCACGAAGUAACCAUACAAGAGUUUGAGCCCGAACAAGAAGACUUUAAGCCGGAUGAGGUAAUCGUAGAAGAAAUUGAUCUUAAGGAUACAGAAGAAGCUCCUGAGGAUCUCAAAAUAAAGGUUUCAGAAGAAAAGCCUAAGCCAAAAACGAAAAAAUCGUUUAAGUCUAAGAUCGUUGAAGAGGAACUGCCGCAACCAGUCGUCGAAGACAUUUCAGAAGUUGUACAAGUUGUACAAGUUACUGAAGAAGAUGGCGUUACUAAGCACGUUGAGGUUAAGAAGAAGAAGGUUUCCCGCAAACAAGGUCCAAAGGAGCAAAUCUUUGAAAUCACAGAGACAAAGACUAGUGAUGAACCUCUGGCUGAAGUCACUAUCGUUGAAAUUACAGAGGAACAGCCCCAUGAUGAAGUUGAAGAGGUGAAAGAAAAGAAGCCAAUUAAAAAGCCGAAGAAACUGAAACCUGAAGAUGUCAAAAAUUAUGUGAUUAAUAUUCUAGAAGAGUUCACGGAACCCACCCGAUUCGAAGAACUUGUAGAGGAAGCAGAAGACAAGCCACAACCAGUUAUUGAAAACAUUUCGGAGGUUGUGAAAGUUGUGCAAGUUAUCGAAGAAGACGGCACACCAAAAGAGGUUAGAAUUAAGAAGAAAAAGGUUUCUCGCAAAGAAGGCCCGAAGGAGCAAAUCUUUGAAAUCACAGAGACAAAGACUAGUGAUGAACCUCUGGCUGAAGUCACUAUUGUUGAAAUUACAGAAGAACAGCCCCAAGAAGAAGUUGAAGAGGUGAAAGAAAAGAAACCAAUUAAAAAACCGAAGAAACUGAAGCCUGAAGAUGUCAAGAAUUAUGUGAUCAAUGUUCUGGAAGAGUUCAUGGAACCUAUGCGAUUCGAAAAAGAGGAAGCAGAAGACCAGCCACAACCAGUUAUUGAAGACAUUUCGGAGGUUGUGGAAGUUGUGCAAGUUACUGAAGAAGAUGGCGUUACUAAGCAGGUCGAAACUAAGAAAAAGAAGGUUUCCCGAAAACAAGGUCCAAAGGAACAUAUCUUUGAAAUCACCGAAACAAAAACAAGUGAUGAACCAUUAGCUGAAGUAACAAUCAUCGAGGUUACUGAGGAAAAGCCUAAAGAAGACAUUCCUCAACCUAAGGAAAAGAAACCAGUGAAAAAACCAAAAAAACUGAAGCCUGAAGAAGUGCAAAGCUAUGUGAUCAAUGUUCUUGAAGAGUUUAAUGAGCCGCAGAAGUUUGAGGAUAUCGAACAGCCAGUCAUUGAACCCAUUGCAGAGUCUGUGGAAAUUCAAGUAACGGAAGAAGAUGGAAUUACCAAGCAUGUUGAGGUUAAGAAAAAGAAGGUUUCCCGCAAGCAAGGUCCUAAAGAACAAAUCUUUGAAAUCACCGAGACGAAGACUAGUGAUGAACCUUUAGCAGAAGUUACAAUCAUCGAGGUUACUGAGGAAAAGCCGCAAGAAGACAUUCCUGAGCCUAAGGAAAAGAAGCCAGUGAAAAAGCCGAAAAAACUUAAGCCUGAAGAAGUCGAAAGCUAUGUGAUUAAUGUUCUUGAAGAGUUUAAUGAGCCGCAGAGGUUUGUGGAACCAGUCAUCGAAGACAUUUCAGAGUCCGUGGAAAUUCAGGUUACAGAGAAAGAUGGCGUUACUAAGCAGGUUGAGGUUAAGAAGAAGAAGGUAUCACGCAAGCAAGGUCCUAAGGAACAAAUCUUUGAAAUCACCGAGACAAAGACAAGUGAUGAACCUUUGGCAGAAGUUACAAUCGUCGACGUUACAGAGGAGAAGCCGGAAGAAGUGAUUCCUUUACCUAAAGAAAAGAAACCAAUUAAGAAACCUAAGAAACUCAGACCCGAAGACGUUGAAAGCUAUGUAAUUAAUGUUCUAGAGGAGUUUGGUGAGCCACAACAGUUUGAGGAGCUAGAGGCUCCUGAGGAAAAACCAAUCGAUACUACAACCAAAACCAAGAAGCCAAAGAAACCGACCGAAAAACCACUUGAAAAGACUAUCGUUAUUGAAGAAAUGGCUCCUGAAACCGUUAUAGAGAAUAUUGUUGACGAAAAGGGCGAGGAAGUAAAACAAGUUAAGACAAUUAAGAAGCUUAAGAAGAAGGAAGGUCCUAAGGAGUAUCUCAUCGAAAUAACAGAAACAUAUCAAGAGAACAAGCCAGAGGCCGAAAUCGAGUUCACUACAACGGAGCUACCUUCUGAAGACUCACCCGAUGUCGCAGAAGAUCAACCAGUCAAGGUCAUUCAAAAGGUGAAGAAGAAGAAGCCAGUAAAGGACGAUCUUGACAAAUAUAUACAACAGUUAAUCGAACAGGAAAUCACAAAAACACCUCUCGAAGAAUAUGAACCAACGGAAAUGGACGCGAAGCCCAAACAGCCCAAGAAGAAGGUGAAGACUCAUCACAAGAAGACAGUUGAAGUGGUUGACGGGUUACCCGUUACCAUUCAUGAGUUUGAUGUUGAAGAAAUCGUACCAGAACCUGAAGAAGAGGAACAACCAGAAGAAGUGUUGGAGGAAGUCAAGGAAGUACCACAACAGCCAGACGAUUCUUCAAAAUACCUUGUAAACAUUUCCGAUGAAUUUGUUGAAGCUGACGAGCCAAUCGAACAGCCUCCUACGGAAGAACAGAAACCAAUCAAAAAGGAAAAACCAUUAAAAAAGAAAAAGGUCGUUGAGGCUCCCGCUCCAUUGGAAGAAAUCGAUCGCACUGUUGAAGUCGUUGAGCAACCCACUGAGGAGGGAACUGUAAAGGAAGUAACUGUAAAGAAACGCAAGGUGUCGCGUAGAAAGGGUUCAAAGGAGCACGUCUUCGAAAUUACGGAAACAACAAGUGAAUACCAGCCUACGGCCGAAGUUACAGUAGUUGAGUUAACCAUCGAUGACUUAGUGGUUUCUGAAGAAAAACCAAAGGCUGAAAAGAAGACGGUAAAAAAACCUAAACAAUUAAAGAAGGAAGAAGUUGAGGAAUACAUCAUUAAUGUAAUUGAAGAAUUCGUAGAGCCUGUUCCAGUUGACGAAGUUGAAAGUGAGGUAGAAGAAGUCAAGGAGGAAAAACCUAAAAAAUCAAAGAAAUCUCCAAAAACAUACGCCGUCACAGAGCAAGAACACACAGAUAGCACAGUACCUGAAGUGGUGGAGGAAGAAUUAGAGAAACCAAUUGAGUCCGUUCCUGAGAAGCCAUUAGAAUCUGAUGAAUAUACCAUCGGUAUCACAGAGGAAACUGUGGCUGACGAACAGAAACAACCCAAGCCUAAAAAGAUAACCAAGCCUAAGUCUGUCAAGCAGCCAGCUUUAGAGGAAAGCCAAGACUAUAUUGUAAGGGUAAAGUCCGAAGAAAGCUUAAGAGAAGAGCCACUUCCCGAACAUGAAGCAGUUGUGAUCGAAACCGAAGAAGAUAAACCAUCUGAGCAACCUUCUUUCCAGGUUGAAGAAAUCGAAACGGAGGCAGUUGAAAAAGAAGUAAUCGACGAUAAGGGGGAAACUGCAAAACAAACUGUUACCAGGCGAAAAAUCAAAAAGCAGAUUGGUCCCAAGGAAGAAAUUAUCGAAAUUGUGGAAACCAAGACCGGAGAUACUCCAGAGUACGAAGUCAUUGUGACCACUGAAGAGGCCGAAACAGUUAGCGAAGAAGUUCCGCAGGAGGAAAAACCAAAAAAGAUUCGCAAAACCAAAAAGGUUCCCAAAGACGAUCUUCAUGACUAUAUUCAGAAGCUUAUUGAGCAGGAUAUACCAAAGACCGAACUGGAAAAGUAUGAAAAGAUCGACUUGGACGAGCCCGUCAAAAUGAAGAAAAAGCCCAUCAAAAAGGUUAAGCAUUCUGAGGAACAGCCAACGGAAGGCACAGAAGAACCGGUGGAGGAUAAGCCAGUUGAAGAGAUUUCGGAAAUUCCUGAGGCUGACAACGAAGAGCCUAAGCUAACAUUUACUAUUAAGGAAUUCAUUCCAGAAAAGCCAGAAGAAAAACCUUUUGAGAUUGUUGUUCUUGAAGAAACGGUAGAAACUAAGCAGGUACCAGAUGAAGAGGGAAUAGUAAGGGAAAAGGUGGUUAAGACUAAAAAAAUCAAGCAGAAGAAGGGUCCUGAAGAAAUAGUUCACGACAUAGUCGAGGUGACUGAUAAGGAUACCGAUGAAUCUGAAAUAACAGUCACGACCACCACUCCCAAGGAAACGCCAGAUCAGGAAGAGCCUGUAGUUAAACAAAAACGCACUAAAAAGAUUAAGAAGGACGAAGUCGAAGACUUCAUAAAGGCAGUUAUUGAGGAGGAUGCACCAAAGCCAGUUGAAGCUGAGGACGUUGUGACCGUUAUAGAGGAGUCCACGCCUAAGCCAACCUCUGAAAAAACAAAGAAGAAGCCAAAGAAAGAAAAACAACCUUCCGUUGAGGAUACGGCGCCAAAGGACGACGAAGUUUCCGUUAUUGAGACAAUUCCUGAGGUACCUACAGUUAGUGAUGAAUUUAUAACUGUGGUGGAAUCAGUUCCAAUUGUAGAAGAACCUGAACUGAAAAUAGACGUGGUUGAAGAAGCUAAGAAGCCAGAAAAGAAGAAGAAGCCAAAGUCUACAGUUACAGUUCAGGAGGAACAACCAAUGGAGGACACUGAAGAGAAGCCCUUGGAGGUUACGCAGCAGGAAUCUGACGUAGAAAAAUUGGAUGAUCGGGAGUUUAGUGUUUCCAUCAAGGAAGAAGAGCAAACAGAGAUCAAACCGGAAAAGAAGAAAACUCCUAAAAAGGUAUCUGAAAAAACAGAGCAACCUUCUGAGGAAAAAUACGAAAUUUCGGUUAGGGAAACUGUUUUGGAACCUGAGGAAGAAAAGCCGUUUACAAUUCAGGUAAUUGAAAGCAUAACAAAGGUUGAAGAAACCAAGGAUGACACAGGGGAAGUUCAUAAGCAGGUUACCACCAAGCGAAAGUUGAAACGCCCCGACGGCGAAGGUGAAAUAGAGAUUAUUGAAGUUGUUAGGGACGAUCAGCCUGAGGCGGAAAUAACCAUUGUUGAGUAUGAACCAGAAACUUUGAAGGAAGACGAAAAGACCAAGGAACCUAAAAAGAAAACAAAGAAGGUUAAGAAGGAUGAUCUACAUGACUACAUUCAAAAGUUAAUUGACAUGGAAACGCCCAAGACUGAGCUUGAAAAGUAUGAGAAAAUAGAAUUUGAGCCAACAGUCAAGGACAAGCCAUCUGAUAACGUAAUUGAAGUAGUAGAAGAAUCGCCUUCUCUAAAGCCCAAAAAGGAUAAGAAGACUAAGUCCAAGGAUGUUCCAAAGGAGGAAAGUCCUGUUCCAGAACAGUUAGCUGAAGUUAAAGUGGUAGAGGAGGAAGCUCCUGAACAGCCCCAAGUGCCAAUCGAAGUUGUAGAAGUUCAGCCGGCAGAGGUUCAAGUUCAAGAGGUUGUAACUGAAGAGGGCAAGCCAGUUCAGGAAAAGACUACCAAACGAGUUUUGAAGAAGAAGGGACCUCAAGAAGAAACCACCUUCAAGAUUACAACUAUUGAAAGCGAGGACAACGAUUCAGUUACGGUUAUUGUUGAUGAAGAGCCCGAAAUAGUUCCCGUACAGUCCAUCGAAGAACAGCCAGAGCAGGCCGAGGAAAAACCAAAGCCAAAGCCCAAGAAAACAGUAAAGAAAAUAAAAAAGGACGACUUGGACGACUAUGUAAAGAAGCUAAUUGAAGAGGAAAUUCCAAAGGUAGAACUUGAGAAGUAUGAAAAAGUAGAGAUGCCAGAAAAAACUGACAAGCCAGCUCCUUCUGAAAUUAUUCCGGAAGAGAUUAAAUCUGAGACAACUGAGCCAGCACCAAUAGACAGCGAACCGACCAAACCCAAGAAAACGAAGACUUCUAAGCCAAAGACAGAAACCGUAGACGACAAAACACCUGACGUACCGACCGAAACCACUUUAGACACCACUGACACAGCAGAGAUCACACCAACCCAAUUUGCACAACCCGAGGACACAGCCACUGCACAAAUUACACCAAGCGCACAAGAAGAGAAACCUACUCAAGAUGACACUAAAGAUACCAUUCAGAAAACAGUUAAACAUAAGAAAACAAAACCAGACACACAAAAAAGCGUUGAAACAAGUGAACUACCAGAGGUUCAAAAAGAUUAUCAAAUAAGCAUCAUUCACGAAGAGCCCGUCGAGGAAGAGAAACCCCAGAAGAUUUUGGAAGUCCGAGUUAUCGAUGAAGUCGCCGAGGUCGAAGAAUCACAGCCCAUUGUAGAAGAGGUUGAAGAGGAGGAGGAACAGCCCAUUGAAGAAGGAACUAUUGAGGACGUCUCGAAGCCAAAGACCAGGAAAAAGAAGAUUGUCAAGAAGAAGACCGAUGAUCAUGAUGAACUCAUUAGAAAGAUGUUGGAGCAGGAGAUCGAGAAGACGGAACUGGAGAAGUACGAGAAAAUUGAAUUCGAUGUUCCCAAGAAGCUUAAACCCGAAUUCGCCACACUUGAGCCCAUGAAAAUCGAGCGCAAGGAACAGAAGCCGACGAAGGUGACAAUUGUCGAGGCCACUGAUGUUCCCAAAACAGUGAAGCUUAAGCCCGGCAAACGUAAGGAGAAACCCGCCGAGGAACAAACUGUACAAUUGCCGAAGUUCAGACUCAAGGCCCGUAUGGUCAUGGUUGAAUACCCUCCGGCUCCGCUUAUUCCGAAAAUUUCUCAUAUUGGCGCCAUUAAAGAUAAUGGUGACCUGUCUCGUAACAUCGAAGAGGCAGAAGAAGUCCUUAAGUUCAAGCCACAUAAGACGAAGAAAAUAAAGAAAAUCAAGGAUGACUUAGAAAAGGUAGAGCUUGAGAAGUACGAAAAGUAUGUCAGUAGCGAAGAGGAACCGGAGGAGAAAGCACCUUAUAAGAAGCCCGAAAAGGCACCAAAGCCAGAAGAAAAGCAGGAGGAAGUCAAACUCAAGCUGGGCAAGGGUAAGAAGAAGCCAAAGGAGGAAGAAGAGCCCGAAAAUGUUACUCUCAAGAAGAUUCCUCAAAAGCCACAAGAAGUCGAGGAAGAAGUUGCACUGAAAAUGAAACCGAAGGAGGUGGUUGUUGUUGAGGAACAACCAAAGCAACCCAAGGAAGGAGAGUUUGUUGUGGAGCCAUUCGAACCAUCUGAAUUUGAUCGCCCUGAAUAUGUUCCUGAAGAGCUUGAGCCCUUCGAACAUCCAGAGAAGCCCGAUAAACCCAAGAAGCCAUCUAAGACCAAGUAUAAGCCCAAGGACAAGUCAAAGCCCGAACCGGAGACAAUUAUCUCGGAGAUCGUUCCUGGGGUACCAAAGGAGGAAGAGGAGGUACCCGAACAGGAAGUUAAGUUCCGCAUACCCGAGAGAGAUGCUCCAGAAGAGACUGACUCUGAAAUUAAGCUACGUCCCGUCCCUCAAGCUCCUAAGGCUGAAGAGCCUGUCGAGCAAGCAGUGGUGAAGCCCAAGGAAGAGGAGCCCAAAACCAAAGAAAUUGAAGAGAAACCUGUGGAGGAGGAAAAGAAGCCGAAGAAAUCGAAGCCCAAGAAGGUGCAACCAAAGGAGGAAGAGAUUUCUGAGCAGAAGCCAGAAGAAUUCGAGGUCUUGGUAAAGGAAGAGGAAGCUCCAGUGAAAGAGCCCGUUGAAGAAGAACAGCCAAAGGAAGUAAAGGUGAAACAGAAGAAACCCAAGGAAGCACCUGUUGCAGAGGUUGUCGUCACUGAAGAAGAGCAGAAACCUGAAGAGGUGCCCGAGGAAAUACCAGUGGAGUACAAGAUAACAACCACAGUCUUGGAACCAGAAGAGGCACCAAAGGAAUAUCAAGUGCGAGUCAAAGAUUUCGAUGAGCGUCAUGAAACUACCGAGGAAGUUAUUGAAGAGAGGGUGGUGACGCGCAAGAAGAAACCAAAGCCACAGCAGCCGGAAGAAUUCGAGGUCACUUUGAAGGAGCCGAAGGAAGAACAGAUUGAACCAGAGGAAGUUUCGGCUGAAAUUGUGGUGCCAGUUGAACAAGCCGAAGAGAAGCCAGAAGAGUUUGAGGUUGAACUUAAGCUGACUGAGCCCACUCCAGAAGAGCCAGUUGAACAACAGGUCACAGUCAAGGAAAAGACCAAGAAGAAACCUGUUAAGGAAGUCAAGGAGGACAAGGUUGUAGUGGUGGAGGAAGAAGAAAAGCCACAACCAGUUGAAGAAACUGUUGUGGAGGUCGAAAAACAGGAAGAAAAGAAGAAGACAAAGAAACCGAAGUCCUAUGAGUUUAAGAUUUCAGAAACCGAAGCUGUCGAAGAGAAGCCGGCCGAAGUUGUUGAGGAAACUCCUGAGGAAAUCCCAGUGGUAGAGGAAGAAAAGGUUGUUGAGAAGUUUGAUUCCUAUGAAAUCACUCUUAAGGAAACUGAAGCAGAAAAGGUUGCCAUAGUUGAAGAACAGCCAGAGGAAGAAGCUCCUGAAGAGGUUGUUUUCAAAAAGAAGAAGCCCAAGCAACCAGAAGAAGUCGAGGCCGAGUUUGUGGUGACUGAACCAAAGGUCACGGAAGAAACUACUGUGGAAACUGCAAUCAAGCAGAAGAAGACCAAAAAGCCAAAGAAGACCGAAGAAGAAGCUCAGUUGGAAAUCAAGGUUGUCGAGUCCGAAGCGCCUGUUCCCGAAGAAGUGGUGAUUGAAGCUCCCCAGGUUGAGGUUGUAGAAAGGGAGGAAGUCGUUGUCGAAGAAAAGCCUGAGGAGUUCAGAAUUCGUGUUUCAGAAACUGAAGUCAAGCCCGAAGAACCAAGUGAGGCACAGUUUACGGUUAAGAAACGCAAGCCAUCUGUCACUUUCGCCGAUGAACCCGCAACUGAAAUAAUUCUUAAGGAGAGCAAGCCCAUUGAAGAAGUUACAGAGGAAGCUCAAAUCAAGACCAAGAAGCCGAAGAAGAAGGUCAAGGAGGUGGAAGCUGAGGAACUAAAUAUUCAGAUCACCGAGGAGAUUCCACAAGAAGUUCCCAUAAUUGAGGAAGUCGAAGAGGAAGAGGUUAUCACUAAAGUCAAGGAAGAAGUUCCGGUGGCUGAAGAAAAGACAUACAAAAUAGGCAUUAAGGAGACUCAGCCAGAGAAACCUGCCGAAGUAAUUGUCGAAGAAGAGCCAGUGGUAACGGAGCCAAUUGUGGAAGAGCCGCAACCAGAAGUCUACGAAGAACACAAGGUUAGGGUCAUUGAGGAAACUCCUCGUGAACUGGUUGAGGAAGUCAUCGAAGAGGAGGUCAAGGUUAUUCGCAAGAAGAAACCUAAGCCAGAAGUUAAGGAGGAACCCGAGGCGGAAGUUACUGUCUCUGCUCCAAAGCCUGUCGAUGAAGUGGAAGCCACGGCCAGUAUUCCCGUUGUUCCAGAACAACCGACCGAGGAGGAAGCCGCUGAUCUGAAGAUAACAAUAAUUGAAGAAGUGGCUGCACCACAAGAACUUGUCCAAGAGAUCGAAGAAAUUGAAAUCGUCGAGGAACCAAAGGCCCUAGAAGAAAAACCUGAGGACUUCAGCUUUGCCAUUAAGGAGGCCGAAAAGGAACCCACUGUGGAAGAAUUGCCCGAGGAACAGGUCACGCUCCAGAAGAAGAAAAAGAAGGCGCCAGUUGCCGAGGUUGUCGAAGAACCCGAGGCUGAGUUCGUGGUUAAGCCGAAGCAGCCAGUACAAGAAGUUACCGAGGAAGCCAAGAUCAAGAAGAAGUCUAAGAAGCCUGUUAAGGAAGAAGAGGCUGCUGCUGAGCUUAAGGUAACUAUCGCUGAGGAAGUUCCCGCGGAACCAGAAGUUCAGGAAAUCAUCGAGGAAAUCGAAGAAGUCGCGGAAGAACAGCCCACUGAGUACAAGAUUGGCGUUAAAGAAACUGAGCCAGAAGUUCCAGAGGAAGAAGAAGUUACCUUACCAAAGAAGAAACCAAAGGCAUCUCCGGUGGUCGAAGAACCAGAAGCCGAAGUUACUCUGAAACCAAAGCCAAAGAUUGAAGAAGUCCAGGAAGAAGCAAAGAUAGUAAAGAAGAAGCCCAAGAAGCCUGUCGAAGAAGUUGCCGCCGAGGAACUUACGGUCAAGGUUGAAGAAGAAGUUAUCCCCGAGCCGAUCGUGGAAGAAGAGGUCAUCGAGGAAGUCCAGAUUAAAAAGAAGAAGCCUGAGCCAGAAGACAUUGUCGAUGCAGCGGUUGUGAAACUAAAGAAACCACAGCCAGUAGAGGAAGAGGAGGUGGCUGCUGAAGUCACCCUGAAGCCCAAGGCCCCGAAGGAGGUUACCGAAGAGGAAUUCUCUGUUGAUGUUAAGCUGCCGAAGGAAAAGAAGGUAACCGAGGAAACCUCUGACCAAACUGUACAGCUGAAGAAAAAGAAGAAGCCACAAAAACCGGUGGAGGAGGCGGCGGAUGAGCUUAAGCUGCAGCAAACUGUCGUUGAAGAAAGACCCGUGGAAAUUGAAGAAGAGGAGAUCGUCGAAGAAGCGGUCGUCGUUCGCAGGAAGCCGAAGAAGGUCUUCGAGCCAACUGUUGAAGAUCUCGAAGAAACUGAGUUCAGUCUUUCCUUCAAAAAGCCCCACACUAUUAACGAGGGUGUGGAGGAGGCUGCCACUGUGCUGAAGAAACGACCCGUCAAGCCCACUACUUUGGAUGAAGCUGCUGCUGAACUUUCCAUUAAGCGGCAAGAAGAGGAAUACGAAGAGGGCGAGGAUGUUGAGGAGUUCGUCGUCAGUCAGCGAAGAAAGCCAAAGCCUCUGCAGAUCACCGAAGAGGAUGAGGAGGCCUACACGGUGAAGAAACUGAAGCGUCGCAAGCAAGUAGACAUUCCCGAAUACGCUGACGUUGAGAACGUCACAUUCCGUGCGAGAAGUACCAAGACCAAGGAAGAUGUCGACCAGGAGUUCAACAUUGCCCUAGACUCGUAUGCCGAGGAGGAGAUCUCCAUGUCUGGAAAGAUCAAGCUCAAGAAGCCAAUCAAGAAGACCUUCUCUGAAGCAGCCGACGAGGCCAAGAUCAGGAUCAUUCAGGACUACGACGAUGGUGAGGAGCCCAUCAUCGAAGAAAUCAGAGACGAUGAGGAUACCAUCGAUGAAGUCGAGGAACCAGAAGAAUACUUUGUCGAGGAAUUGCCACCAGACGAAGUGGACUUCAAGCUGAAGCCGAAGAAACAACCCAAGCCAGCCUACUCCGUUCAAGACGAGGAGGAAGAACAGUUCCUGAUUGGCAUCCGUCACCCGAAACGCGAUUCGGUGACCUACGACGAGGAUUCGCUCACCUUUAAGAAGAAGCGUAAAGUUGUUCAACAACUUUUCAAUGAAGAUGGAGCUUCUCUUAAUAUAACCAGAGAAAUGAAUGUUGAAGAGUCCGACAAUCAAAAUGUUAUGUAUUCCAUCUGCAACUACAUUGCCGACAACGAUGAGGCCAUUAACCUGGUCGAGGGUGAGAAGGUAACGGUCGUCGGACGUCACAGCUCCGAGUGGUGGUAUGUCAAGAAGAGCAUUACAGAAGAGGAGGGCUGGGUUCCAGCGCAAUAUCUAAUGGAGCCCGAGGAAUACGCGCAGUAUGUGCAAAACAAAUUGCACGAGAAAAUCGAUAAGCUGCCUGUGUUCGAACGUCCUGGACCGGAAGACAAGCCCAUUGCCCCGAGAUUCAUUGAGAAACUGCAGCCAAUUCACACUCCUGAUGGCUAUACUGUGCAAUUCGAGUGCAAGGUCGAGGGCAAUCCGCGACCACAGAUUGCCUGGUUCCGCGAAACGGCGAUCAUCAAACCCUCGCAGGACUUCCAAAUGUUCUACGAUGACGACAAUGUGGCCACUUUGAUUAUUCGCGAGGUCUUUCCCGAGGAUGCUGGCCAGUUCACCGUAGUGGCCAAGAAUGCAGCCGGCUUCACUUCCAGCACAACGGAACUGAUUGUGGAGAGCCCACUGUCCGAUCAUGGAUCCGAUGCCACAGCCCUCUCACGUCGCAGCAUGUCACGUGAAUCGUCACUGGCUGACAUCUUGGAGGGCAUUCCACCCACCUUCUCCAAGAAACCAAAGGCCCAGUAUGUCGACGAGAAUACGAAUGUGAUUCUUGAGUGCCGACUGGUGGCCGUGCCAGAACCGGACAUUGUGUGGACCUUCAAUGGCGAGGACAUUGACGAGGAGGAGCUCAAGAACGUGCGCAUCGUCACCGAAUCGGACAUGCACAUGUACUGCAGCGUGGUGCACAUCACCAAGGUGAAGAAGUCGCAGGAGGGCACCUACGAGGUGAUUGCCACCAAUCGCGAGGGUGAGGCACGUCUGCCCAUCACCCUGAAGGUGCGAACCACCGACAAGGAGGCCCCCCAGAUCCUGGAACCCCUGCGUAACAUGGUCAUUCGCGAGGGCGAGAGUGUGGUUCUCUCCACCCAGAUUGUGGGCAACCCACCACCAAAGGUAACCUGGUACAAGGAUGGCAAGCCCGUUAAGAAUGCCAAGUCCGAUAAGGAUUUGCAUACCCUAACACUGAUCACGCCCAAAAAGUCUGAGAAGGGUGAAUACACGGUUAAGGCUGUGAAUCCCUUGGGAAGUGUGGAGACCACUGCCAAUCUGACCAUUGAAGAACCCACCAGUGGAAAUGCCGAACCACCACUGUUCGUCGAACGCUUUGAGGAGCAGAAUGUUCCGCAAAAGGGCGAGAUUCACUUGCCAGCCAAGGUUUCUGGUAAUCCGGUGCCCGAGGUUCAAUGGCUGUUCAACAACACUCCGUUGUUCCCCAGCGAGCGCAUCCAGCAGGUUUACGAUGGCGAGAACAUCGAGCUCAUCAUCAAGGAUGCCAAUCCGGAAACCGAUUCGGGUGACUACAAGUGCAUUGCCAGUAACCCAAUUGGCAAGACAUCGCAUGGUGCCCGAGUGAUUGUCGAGGUCGACGAAGUGACCUUCACCAAGAAGCUGAAGAAGACCAUCACCAUUGAGGAGGUACAAUCUCUCACGCUGGAGUGCGAAACCUCGCACGUGGUCACCACAAAGUGGUUCUUCAACGGCAAGGAACUCAGCGGCAUGGAUCAUCGUGUUGUGGUUGAGGAUGGCAAGACUCACAAGUUGGUCAUUCGCAACACUAACCUGCGUGACUCCGGAACCUACACGUGCAAGGUGAAGAAGCAGGAAACCCAAUCGACUGUCGAAGUUCUGCAGCGUAAGCCCGACUUUAUCAAGGUGCUGGAGGACUACGAGGUAACCGAGAAGGAUACCGCCAUUUUGGAUGUGGAACUUACUACCGAAUCGACUGAAGUCACUUGGUACAAGGAUGGCGAGAAGAUUACUCCCGAAAACAAGAACGUUGAGUUCAUCAAGGAUGGCAAGGCCCGUCGCCUGGUUAUUCGCGAUACCACCAUCCACGAUGAGGGUCAGUACACUUGCAAGAUUGAAGGACAGGAGUGCAGUUGUGAGCUGGUGGUCAUCGAGUUGCCGCCCGAGAUUGUCGAGCCUCUGAAGGAUGUUUCGGUGACCAAGGGUGAAAAUGCUAUUUUCGAGGUGGAACUAAGCAAGGGCGAUGCCUUGGUUAAAUGGUUCAAGAACGGCAAGGAGAUUGUGUUCAAUGAGCGCAUUCAACUGGCCAUCGAUGGCAAGAAGCAAUCGCUGAGGAUUGUCAAGGCCAAACCCGAAGACGUGGGUGAAUAUUCCGUUCAGGUGGGUGAUAAGUCUUCCAAGGGCAAACUGACAGUGGAAGAACCCUUGGUGGACUUUGUCAUUCGCCUGCCGGAUGUCACACUGGCCACCAAGACCACAGAUGCCGAGUUUACGGUACAGCUGUCGCAGCCCGAUGUUGAGGUGACCUGGUGCAAGAAGGGCAAACCCAUCAAGCCCGACAAGAAGCACGAGGUCUUUGUGGAGGGCACCGUUCGCCGGCUGGUCAUCCACGAUGCCAGCGACGAGGAUGCCGGCGAGAUCAGCUGCGUGGCCGAGAAUGUCACCAGCAGCACUAAGCUGUGCGUCGAGGAGCUCAAACUGCCACCCGUCAUUACCUCUGACAAGGAUCAGACCAUCAAGGUUAAGGAGAGCGACGAUGCCACCUUCACUGUCAAGUACACGGGAGUACCCACCCCCGAGGCCGUUUGGACCGCGCGCAAGGUUGUCAUACCCAAGUCAAAGCGGACUAUCCCGGCCAUCGAUGAGCAGUCGGCCACGCUAACCAUCAAAAAGGUUGUCGACGAUGACGAGGGCGAGUACACCGUCAAGCUCGUCAAUCCGGUGGGCGAGGCGGAGGCCAGCCUUCACUUGGUCAUUAUGCGCAAGCCAACGGCACCUGGAACGCCGCAACCGCUGGAGAUAAUGCACGACUCCAUUACGCUCUACUGGAAGGCGCCAGAGGACGAUGGCAAGUCGGAAAUUAUCGAGUACAUUCUGGAGUAUCACGAUGUUAAGGAAGAAAAAUGGACUGAAAUUAGAAAGAUCAAGGACACCACUUACACCAUAAGCAAGCUGAAGAUCGACACGGAGUACGUGUUCCGUUCGAUUGCCGUCAACGAGGUGGGACCAUCGCCACCCUCUCCACUGUCGCCACCCAUCCGGCUGGUGCCCAAGGUCGAGACCGAGGCGCCCAGCGUGCGGGAACCACUGCAGGAUGUGGUCAUCGAACUGGACAAGGAGGUCACACUGUCCUGCGUCUUCGGCGGCAUUCCAGAGCCCAAGGUGACGUGGAAGAAGAACGGCCAGGUGUUCGAGUCGACGAGCAUUCGCUACGAGAACCGCGUGGCCAAGUUCACCAUUGAAAAGACAACCAUUGAGACUGAAGCCACCUACACGUGCGUGGCGACCAACGAGAAGGGCUCCGUGGAGACCUCGUGCCGCCUGAAGCUGCAGCAGAAACCAGUUCUCGAGGUGGAGGACAAGUAUUUGACGCAGAAGCUGCGCACGGGCAGCACUCUCACCAUUCCAGCGACAGUCCGCGGCUAUCCGCAGCCCUCGGUGACCUGGCACAAGGAGACCGUGGAGCAGAAGACCACCAAGACGGUCACCAUUGAGACCACUGAGAUCAGCUCCACGUACACCGUCAAGAAGGUGACCCGCGAACAGUCCGGCAAGUACAAGGUUACGGCCACCAAUGAAUCGGGCUCUACGUAUGUCGAGUGCACGGUUCAGGUGAUCGACAAGCCGAGCAGACCUCAGUCCCUGGAGAUCAAGGACAUCAAGAAGGACUCGAUCGUCCUGGAAUGGACACCGCCCAUCGAUGAUGGCGGUCUGGAGAUUAACAAGUACACGUUGGAGAAGUGCGACAUCCAGAACAAUGUGUGGAUGAAGGUCUCCGACUUUGACAAGGACAUUAAGUCCUAUGCGGUUCAGAAACUAUCCAUGAAUGCGCAGUACAUGUUCCGUGUGGUGGCCGCCAAUCCCAUUGGCGAGUCCGAGCCAACGGAAAGUGAUCCUGUGACUAUAACCAAGAAGUUCGAAAAACCAUCCCCACCACGUGGUCCAACCACUGUGUCGGGCAUGAACGACACUGUCUUCAACUUGGCCUGGGAGCCAUCGGAAACCGAUGGUGGCUCCAAGAUCAUCGAGUACAUUGUGGAGAUCAGGGAAGAGACUGAGACGACCUAUCGCAAGGUGGGCGUCACCCUGGGCACUGUCACCAACAUCCAUGUGGAGAAGGUGGUCAGGAACAAGGGCUAUCUGUUCCGCAUCUAUGCGAGAAACGAGGUUGGCACCAGCGAGGCGUUCGAGACCACGGAGAAGAUCGUCGUGGGCCGCAAGAUAACGCCUCCAUCGCCACCCCAGAACUUGAGGGCGCCAGAUGUUACCAGCCGAAGUGUCACUUUGGAUUGGGAGGUGCCAGCCCGCAAUGGUGGAUCAGAAAUCACGGGCUACUGCGUGGAGAAACGUUCCUCAACAUCUACCACCUGGACAAAGGUCAUCACUCUGGAUGCUCACCAGCUGCACUACACGAUUGACAAUCUGAAGGAGAAGUGCGAGUACUGGUUCCGUGUGUCUGCGGAGAAUGAGGUUGGACUAGGUGCACCAGCCGUCACCGAGAGCAUAUCGCUCAAGACACAUGCCACCGUACCCUCACCACCCACCGCUCCACUGGAGGCGCGCGUUCUCGCCGCCAAUGCCCACAUAUUCGAAUGGGGUAUACCCGAGUCAGAUGGAGGUGCGCCUCUGCUCGGCUACCACAUUGCGAUUAGGGACAUGAAGAAGACCAUGUGGAUUGAGGUGGGUCGUGUGCCAGCCGGUGUGCAGAAAUUCCAGAUUCGAGAUCUGCAGGAGAACCACGAGUACAUGAUUCGUAUAUUCGCGAAGAACGAGAUUGGUCUGAGUGAACCUCUGGAAUCGGAGGAGCCCUACAAGGUCAUGACUGCUGGUCAUGAGAGCCUGCCGGACGAGCCGCGCACGGAGAUGAGUUCGUGCAACACCUCCUCGUGGCUGCGUGACCACAACAUGGAUGCGGACAUCCAUUCGUAUGCCCGCGGCAGGCUGCUCCAACGCGACGAGUACUUCUUCCGGCUGUGGGCGGAUUUGCCCAAGAGCAAAAAGAAGAAGAGCUCCAAAUAGUCGAACUGAACGACAACGAAACAUAAGAAACACUUUAGUCCUUAGGUUAAGCGUAUUUCAAAUUGUAUUUUAUAUAUGACAAGAGAGUGAGGGGAUAAGCUCCCCUGAUUUUCUAGCUUUUUGUACUUUUAGACAGGAGAUGACGAUGAUAUUGUAAGGAGGGUGUAAUGUUGAUGUGGCAUCCCAUUGCCAGCGAUGCCCACGUCACCCGGUCGAAGAGUGCGAGCGAAGACAAACUUAAGGCUCGGGGGCGUGGGCGUGGCUCAAUGAUUAGGAUGGCCAUUACACCGUCCAGUUAAUGGACAUAAUUUUAGAUUUUUCAUUUGCAUAGAGUUCCUUUUUUAUCGUUUUACUUUUCGCCUUAUUUUUGUAAGCUGUGAUAAAUCUAUCAAAAUCAAAAUCGAAAGCGUCAAACGAAGCAAACACAAAAAAUGAAACAGAAUAAAAGUGCCACCAAGUGGCGAUCCAUUGGCAUCGGGCAAUGGGAGCCAACGAGCCGCAGCCCUCCGAAAAAUGAAACAACAACUUCACCCUGGGAUCCCAAUCCCAAUCCCAGCCAGCGUAACUCAAUAUCCUCCCUAGGGAGACAAAACAACAAAUGGUGCAAUUCGAUAUGAGUUAUUUCUGGGGAGUGUGCUGCGAGUCGCUGGCUGCCGCUGCCUUUGUCCUGCGAUUCGCCCUGGUUCGGAAUUUAUGGCAUAGGAAUGUGAGGGAGAAUAUACUCGUAUGUCUUUAAAGUUACCAGAACUAAAUAAAUAAAUGAAUAAAAUAAAA